AUGCAGCUGGAGGCCUGUCGGUGGGGGGGAAUUGUAAUUUCCACUCAGUUAAGUCCUGCAAAGGAUCCUGUCCGUUCAUUGUGAAAUGUUUUGUUUUAUUUUGGUAUCCUUUAAAUCAAGGGUGGGGGACUUCAGGCCUGCAGGCCAAAUGCUGCCCUCAAGGUGUCUCUUUCUGACCCUUGAACUUUUUCCAGGCCACACCCUCCCCAUUCUACUUCGCACCUCAGGGUGUUUUUGAUUGGCCGGAAUGUGUCUUAGAACUUUGCUAAUGCUUCUCGGUGGUCUGGAUGGAGGAUAGAGAGGGAUCAGUGUGUGUGUGUGUGUGCGCGCACGCAGAAACAGUUGUCUGCAACAGGUUAACACGGCUGCUCUUCUGGAAGUUACGUACCUAGUGUGUUGGUGGCAAUAUAAACAUAAAUAAUAAGAAGUAGUAUAAAUAAGUAACUGCACUGCCUUAAUGUGCAUUGAAUAUAGCAUUCUACCUUGCACACUCCUUUAUUUAUGCUGCUGGGGCAUACAGUUGUACAAGUGCUGCAGCAAUUAAUGUGUGCACAUGUGGCAGAGGAGGGGGAGACAACUGCCACGAAUCACCGGUGACUCUUCUGUCCAGUUCUGGUUCACGUGAGAAACCUCUGAAUCUUGACCAAGUCUGGAUUGAUUCCCCUUGGGGCGGGAAAAAGUGCCUUGUUUGCUUCAACUUCUCUUCCCUGGCAAUUCUUGUUUCAACAUCCUCUUUUGUGGAAUGCUGUGGAUUAACUCUGUUAACCGAGAAUUCAAAGGAAAACAAUUAACGUUAAUUGCAACCACAUUGUUAUGGUCUGUUCACAUCAGACCUCUCAAACCUUAAGCCUGCUGUGGUCACCCAUGUUUGCUUUCUCUUUCUCCGCAGAAUGCAAUGAAUUUGCCUCCUGACAAAGCAAGGCUACUUCGACAGUACGACAAUGAGAAGAAGUGGGAGCUGAUCUGUGAUCAGGUAAGUGUGACAACCAAUAGGUUCCUUAAGGCUGGUCUUACAAACACUGUCCCUAUGCCAUGAUAGUAGAUGCCUAGGAAGCUGCCUUAUACAGGACCAGACUCUUCAUUCAUCUGGUCUGGUAUCUGCCAUUCUGACUGGCAGCAGCUCUCCAGAUCUAGAGCAGCUCUUUUAAAGUGCCAAGGAUUGAACCUGGUACUUUUCUCCAUGCAAACAAGACCACUGCUCUCAUUAAGUCUCUUAAAAUGUUGGGGUAGCUGAGAACAGAAAUAUAAUGGGUUGUUUCUGCGGGCAGAAGACUUCUAACAUAGGAUUGAUUCAUGCAACCUCUUGAGUGUAUGGUAGCUGUGAGAAAAGCCUGUGUAUGAGGCUUCUAGUCUCUGAUGAUCCAGUUGUGUGCACCCGCUGCUGUGUUCAAUAUUCAGUAUUUCCCCACUUUUUUUGUACCUCAAUCCAAACACCUCUUUUUGAGCAAGCACAGACUUUCCUGGUCAUUACCACAUACCCAUUGGCUAUGUGAUUUGAUUUAAAGAGAGCCUGACCCCUGGGGAAAGGAAAGCAGCCACCCCACUUUGAGGUUGAGAAGUGGAAGCUGCAGUGUGGAUGAUGCUCUACACCCGGAAUGUGUGAUUUGCCAGUGAUGGCCAGGAGUAAUAAAAGUGCCAUGACUGUGAAAAAGCCAAGGGGAAAGAUGCAAAUCUUUGGGCUCUAAACCCACGUGAACUGCGUUAGCUCAGACUAAAGGACAGGCCAGUUGUAAACCCUCAUUGAAAGGAUCCUCCCUAUCUGUAUUUUAGAGCAUAUGUAUUUUAUUUCCCCUUUGCAACACUUUUCUUAUUGUUGAUUGAUAUGAUACAGGAUAUGGACAGUGUAGCUUUCUAAGCUUUGGCGUAAAAUGCAAUAGAUUAAAUGGUUUGCUUGACCUGAGUAGAAACAAGAUGGGUUCUGUCUGUUUCUUGGUAGACACAAUUCCAGGUCGCAGCGUCCUGAACCAUGGGGUACCUGGAGGCAAGUCCGGCUGGAGUGAAUACUCCCACAGCAGAUGUUAGUGUGCAGGCCAACAAGUCAAAAGUUCACUCAGGCCAAAUUCCCACCUCUGCAGCCAAUCCAGGGGUCAGGGCACCUGGAGGUCAGUCCCACAAAAGAAUAGUCUCGAAGAGUUCCCUGGAACAUCCAAGCCAUGGUCCAACCAACGUGGCAAGUUGAGCAGACCCAGCACCUCAGCUCUGCUUCCCUUUUAUACGUUGCCUGCUGAUUGCGGCAUCUGGGCUUGACGAGGCAGAUGACCCUCACCUUUUCCAGGCUCACUCCAGCUGAGGAAUCACACACAUCCUCCCAGAGCUAAUGAGCCCUACCUGACCAGCUAGGCAGCUGGGCUCUGGGCCUGCCUCAGCUUCCUAGAUCAUCCCUACACUUCAGAGCCCACUGUGUUCAUGGAGCCUGAGGCUCCUCUGGCUCUGGUGAUGGGUCUUGCUAUUUUGGUUCCUGUGCACUGAACCUAUCCCCUUGCCAUGCUCUGUCACCCGGUGAGUACUUCCUUCCCCAUUCCCUGCUUGCUUUGGUGUGUCCCAGUCCUGGCUACACCCCUCACCAGGAUCCUCUUCUUCCUCUCUGUCAUCCUGCCAGUUCAUGAUGCAGCAUGACUAUCACAGUUGGUCUCCUCACAAAGAGAAACUGAGGGAUCAGCAGUCUGUUGUCCCCAUUUCAUUUCCAGAGACUAGGCAACCACCAUUGUUAAGGAAAGGGGAAAAGCCUGGCCCUGUGUCAUACUGUUUGGAUUGCUUAACUUGGGCCAACUUCUGCAGGAUGUAGAGAAGUGAAACAUUUGCCUCCCCUCUUCUUUAGUACCUUUUAGUCUUUUCUGAAAAUGAUGGAAUUGCUGCCAACCAUUCUGAGAAUGAAACCAUGGUCUUUGGGGAUGCACAGUUUCCUGCCACUGCACAAUUAUUAUAUCUGCAGCGGGCCAAAUAGAAAUACAGCAUCAUUUAUUUAUUCCCAAGCUGGAUUUCGAAGGGGUAGAGGAACCAGAGACCAAAUUGCAAACAUGUGCUGGAUUAUGGAGAAAGCUAGAGAGUUCCAGAAAAACAUCUACUUCUGCUUCAUUGACUAUGUCGACCACAGCAAACUAUGGCAAGAUCUUAAAGAAAUGGGAGUGCCUGAUCACCUCAUCUGUCUCCUGAGAAAUCUCUAUGUGGGACAAGAAGCUACAGUUAGAACUGGAUAUGGAACAACUGAUUGGUUCAAAAUUGGGAAAGGAGUACGACAAGGCUAUAUAUUGUCUCCCUGCUUAUUUAACUUAUAUGCAGAAUUCAUCAUGUGAAAGGCUGGACUGGAUGAAUCCCAAGACGGAAUUAAGAUUGCCGGAAGAAAUAUCAACAACCUCAGAUAUGCAGAUGACACAACCUUGAUGGUAGAAAGUGAGGAGGAAUUAUAGAACCUUUUAGUGAGGGUGAAAGAGGAGAGCACAAAAUAUGGUCUGAAGCUCAGCAUAAAAAAAACUAAGAUCAUGGCCACUGGUCCCAUCACCUCCUGGCAAAUAGAAGGCAGGCAGUGAGAGAUUUUACUUUCUUGGAAUCCAUGAUCACUGCAGAUGGUGACAGCAGUCACGAAAUUAAAAGACUUCUUGGGAGAAAAGCAAUGACAAACCUAGACAGCAUCUUAAAAAGCAGAGACAUCACCUUGCCGUCAAAGGUCCGUAUAGUUAAAGCUAUGGUUUUCCCAGUAGUGAUGUAUGGAAGUGAGAGCUGGACCAUAAAGAAGGCUGAUCGCCGAAGAAUGGAUGCUUUUGAAUUCUGGCACUGGAGGAGACUCUUGAGAGUCCCAUGGACUGCAAGAAGAUCAAACCUAUCCAUUCUUCAGGAAAUCAGCCCUGAGUGCUCACUGGAAGGACAGAUCAUGAAGCUGAGGCUCCAAUACUUUGGCCACCUCAUGAGAAGAGAAGACUCCCUGGAAAAGAUCCUGAUGUUGGGAAAGAUGGAGGGCACAAGGAGAAGGGGACGACAGAGGACGAGAUGGUUGGACAGUGUUCUUGAAGCUAUGAACAUGAGUUUGACCAAGCUGUGGGAGGCAGUGGAAGACAAGAGUGCCUGGCGUGCUCUGGUCCAUGGGGUCACGAAGAGUCGGACACGACUAAAUGACUACGGGGAAGCAUUAGGGUUCUUUGAAUCUGAAGCAAUCACUAAAAAAGAAGGGGAAAUGUUUUACAAUACAGUGGUGCCUCGCAAGACGAAAUUAAUCCGUUCCACGAGUCUCUUCGUCUUGCGGUUUUUUCGUCUUGCGAAGCACGGCUAUUAGCGGCUAUUAACGGCUUAGUGGCUUAGCGGCUAUUAACGGCUUAGCGGCUUUAAGAAAAAGGAAACAAACUCGCAAGAACUCGCCAAGACGUUUCGUCUUGCGAAGCAAGCCCAUAGGGAAAUUCGUCUUACGGAACGACUCAAAAAACGCAAAACCCUUUCGUCUAGCGAGUUUUUCGUCUUGCGAGGCAUUCAUCUUGCGGGGUACCACUGUAAAGGGGUAUCUGGCAAUCUUGGAAAGGCUCUGUUAAACAGAAGACCUGCAAAUAGAGGACUAGGCUCAGCAAAUUUGUUUGCACUUAAGCACUUCUGAAGCUCAGCCAGUGGGUCUGCCCAUAGUUUCAUAGAGUCACCCCAAAUUAAUAACUAAAACCAAAAGCAACCCAUGGACUAUGCCUUGUAUAUCCCCCAGUGCAGUUGUCAUUUUGUCUUGGAGCUACAGGACUAACAGUUUGUGUUGGUUUGAUAUUCCAUGCAGAACAUUUAAAAGCAUUGUACAGCUUACAAUUGCAAUUUACUGAGACACUGUGGCAAAUUGCUUAAUCUGCUGUAAGUAACUCAUUUCCUCGGGGCUGUUUGCUUACAGCGUGCACAGUUAAGAGCGAAAAGCCUCUAUGAAUUGUGAGCUUUGUCCUCGGUUGUAUACACUGUCAGCCAGCAGGAUUCAGGAAGAAUGCAAUAGCUAUAUGGUUGGGGCCUAGGCACUGUCAUUCACACCUCAGAGUCAAUUGUGCUCAUUUGCAGCACACAGCCCUGCCGUUUCAGAUAGAGAUCAGUAGUCUUGGAGUCUGGAGAUACAUUGAUAGCAGGGUUCAGGAAGGCAGGUGAGAAUUUCAAUCAGAGGAAAGGGCUGGGGAAAUCUGAGAGAUACUCUUGAAUAUUGUCAUUUCGUUGUCUGAAGCACCUUGGUUCAUCAAAGCCCUGCUGUUAAAUGGCACUUGCUCUCAUCUCCCUGUUCCAAUGAAAGGGGGAGAGUUCCAGAACAGUUAUGAUGAUUCCUCCUAUGCAUCCCCUUUGCCAUUCCUUUCCACCUCUACCACAACUGUAAACAUCAAGAGCUUCUGUGUUGCAGCAGCCCCAUCUGUGGCUGACCUACUGACUCCUCGAGGGUCAUUGCCAGUGGGUGUAAAUUAGAGCAGCCAUGAGGCAGACAUUUCAUAAAGAGAUUUGGAUGAAGCAUAUGGUGCAUGCAAUAUUUAUAUCUCUAACCAUGCAAUUACAGCACGUGGUUAAAGCAGAUUCGGCAUGUCAAACAGCAGAGACCAUAAUACUGACAAGAUCCUAUUUGGCGGUAACAGACGGUUUAUUCCUCUGAUAAGUAUUUGAUUGUUGCUAGGCCCCUGUCCAGGAAAGGAAGGGGCACACUUCCUCUGUAAGCUGCCUUAUGUACCGUAUUUUUCGCUGUAUAAGAUGCACCAGACCAUAAGAUGCACCUAGUUUUUGGAGGAGGAAAACAAGAAAAAAAAUAUUCUGAAUCUCAGAAGCCAGGACAACAAGAUGGAUCACUGCGCAGCGAAAGCAGCGAUCCCUCUUGCUGAUCUGGGUUCUGGGAUAGCUGCGCAGCCUGCAUUCGCUACAUAAUUUCCCCUUACAUUUCCCCUUACUUUUUAGGAGGGAAAAAGUGAGUCAUAUAGAGCAAAGAAUACGGUAUUUGAAUCACUAGCCUAAGAAGUUGAGAACCCUAUGAGAGAUUUUGGACAUCUGAAGCAGGGGUGUGGGUGUGUUUGUGUUUGGGAGAGAGAGAGAGAGAGAGAGAGAGAGAGAGAGACCUGCUUUCGUUUUCUCACAUAGCAAAAUAUUAUUUAGUUUAGUUAAGAAAAAUGGUGAAUAAGGGAAGACAUCUGCUUUGUGACUGUGAGAACAGGAUGCUGGACUAAGUGGACCUUUGGCCUGGUUCAGCAGGCUUCUCCUUAUUCUUUUGUUUAUUUAUUUUUAAAAAUCAUCCAUGAGAAUUCUCACUUUAACUUGGGGUGGGGAAAGAGGGCUCAUUUCAAAAGUCUCAUCAUCCCAAAGGCAAAUAAAAAUUACCCCAACUUUUAUAGUUCUCCAAGCAUCUGAGAUUUUGGAUAGUUCUGGGAUUACAUGUUAAAAUGUUGCCCCCACCCCGUCUGUUCAGCUAAAUAAGUAAACAAAUUAAGAUCAACGCAAGCAUCUGCAUACUUCACAAAUGCUUUCCCCAUGAAACCUGGAUAGGAGGAGAAAGAGCAGGGCUCCUUAUUGCGACUUCAGUAGAAAGACUAGGGUGGAGGCAUUUUUUUAGAAUGGGGAGAAUUGCUUGAGAAAGCUAUUUCUGCAGUUUGGAAUGGUAGGAAUUUGGAAGGUGGGGGAAUCAGAUUAUGUUUCAAGACAACACAUGCACUAGGUAGGUCAAUGGGAAAGAGCAACACGAAAAGAAAUAAAGGUUGCUUUUUCCUGUUCUUGACUGCAAAUUCAUUUGCCAUCUUCAAGUAGGACCUCAAUGACUAGGGCAAGUGAUGAAGGAGAGUUUUCUUUCAUUGGUUUAGGAGAAAUGUGAUCAUUCCAUCCCUUGUGUUUGACUAGUACAAUCUGUUGGUUAUUAAGGUUUGUGGGGAGGAGAUUAGGUGUUUGGAACCUUUACAAAGUUCUUUUAUGCCCCCUGAUGGGUGGUUGGGGGCAAUGCAGUUUCAAAAGGGAGAUGUGGGGGGAGGGAAUGCUUAUUUUUUAAAAAGUCCUUAGCCCUGUAAGCUAUGUUGACCUGAAGGAUGAAGACUUGAGUAAGUUUUUGUCCAGUGAGCUCUUUGAGCAGGAAUUCAAAUAGGGGGCUUGCAUUCAAAUAUGGCUUUCCAUUCGAUCGCCAGUCCUCUGCCCAUUGCACCAGAGCGGUUGAAAUUAUCAGGUAUAUUCAGAGUAAGAGUGUUUUGAAAUGCAAGUUUUGGAACCUACCAAAGGAAGGAAAGCUACAGGAUUCAUAGUGGAGAGCUGAUGUGACCAAAAUUUUGGACUGGAUGUAGGGACACUCAAGUAGACUUUGAAUCUGGUCUACGAAGUCCAAGUCCUUGUCCAAUAAAUGACACAAGUGCUCCUGGAGACCGUGAUUCCAAAUUUUUAAUGUUCUUUAUUAAUUUUUCUGUGCAGUGCUUAGUUUUGUCUGUGGUAUAUAGUUUUACUCUGCUUUUAUAUAGUUUUUGUUGUUUUUUAAGUCUGAUGUGAAGGCUGUUCUUCUUUGAUUCUGUAUUGAUGCCCCUCCAAUUAUAUUGUAUGUAAAAAAAAAAAAGACUUAGAUGUUAUUUUAUCUAUUAGAAGCAGAAUACAAAUUUUAUAAAUGAAGAAUCGAAUAAAUUUAUCUCGCUCCCCCAUUACAAUUUUAGAUCUACACCCUAAGGGCUUUGUAGACACGUCUAGGCAAAUGUUCCCUUUUGUUUAAGGCUAAAGCCCCAAACUUUUGUUCUUUAGUUCAUUAUGCCUAAAUUGGCCUUUAGCCAACUAGACUAAGGAAAAAUAAAACAAAAUAUUCCACUUCUUGUCCUCUUGUGGAGUUGUUAACCUUUCUGCAGCAGUGGGUAGGAUAUUCUGGAAUCAGCUGUUCCAUGUUCUCAUUUAUGACUCGGUUUAUGAGUGGCUUUUCCACCUUCUUUAGAAAAUAUUUGUUAGCGACAAAGGAAUAUGAGUGUGUGUGUGUCCCCUCAUUGCAUUAAAAGGUGGGUUAUUUUUAGAAACUAAGGCCAUAGUUCUUGGCAUAAAACAUGUCAAUGAAUCUUGAAACACCAAGAGAGUGGAAUUUGAAAUUUAAUUUGUCCAAUUCACAUUCUUUUUUUUGGGGGGGGCGGACAAAAAACGCCUUAAUGUUUAUAAUUCUGUUCUGAAGACAUUUAGAACCUCCCUUUGAGCUACUACUUUUCUUCACUUGCAGUAGAAUAUGAAUUUUGAUAUGAAAUUUGGAAAAGGGCAACCAAAACGAUAAAAGGGGAUGGUGCAAUUCCCCAUGAGGAAAAGGUUUCAGCACUUGGGACUCUCCAGAGUAGAGAAAAAGCGAGUAAGAGGGGACGAGGUAGACGUUUAUAUAAUUACGCAUGGAAUGGAUAAAGUGGGUAGAGGAAAGUUUUUCUCCAUUUCUCGUAACAACUAGAAUUUGUGGACAUCCACUGGAUGUUGGAAGAUUCGGGCCAGAUAAAAGAAAGUAUCACACAGUUAAACUAUGGAGCUCGCUUCCACAGGAGGCAGUGGUGGUCACCAAUGGUAGAUAGCUUUUAAAAAAGGAGUAGGCAAAUUCAUAGGGAAUAAGGCUAUCAGUGGCUACUAAAAACAAUGGCCAUGUUCCACCUCCACUGUCAGAGGCAAUAUGCACCUGAAUACCUGUUGCUGGUAAUCACAGGUGUGGAAGGUGGUGUGGCUCUCAGGUCCUGCUUAAAAGAUCUUCCCACAAACUGCUUGGCCAGUUUGAGAACAGGAUUCUGGACUAAAUGGGCCAUUGGCCUGAUCCAGCAGUCUCUUGUUACAUCAUAAUAAUAAUAAUAAUAAUAAUAAUAAUAAUUUAUUAUUUGUACCCCGCCCAUCUGGCUGGGUUUCCCCAGCCACUCUUUCAUAUACAGUGGUACCUCGGGUUAAGUACUUAAUUCAUUCUGGAGGUCCGUUCUUAUCCUGAAACUGUUCUUAACCUGAAGCACCACUUUAGCUAAUGGGGCCUCCUGCUGCCGCUGCGCCACCGGAACACAAUUUCUGUUCUCAUCCUGAAGCAAAGUUCUUAACCCAAGGUACUAUUUCUGGGUUAGAGGAGUCUGUAACCUGAAGCGUAUGUAACCUGAAGCGUAUGUAACCCAAGGUACCACUGUAAUUAUGAAAUUAUAACUCACCCACACCUGUAGAUUAAAUACCACCUAAAAACUAGGAUUGCAAAGCAGACUGUAGUUAUGAAAUCCUGGUUUGUAAACAGUGCUUAAACCAGAGUUUCCCAGUUUAGACAACACGAGAGACUGUGUUUGAACUAACAGGGAAGUCUUCUGUCAAGCCAGGCACACAAGGGGAUGAGGGAAUGCUUUGUCUGUUCCUUGUUCCCUCCUCUGGAAAUUUUCUAGACUGAAUUUUAUUUUAUUUUAUAUUUUAUUUUAUUUUAAAUGGGCUGUAAUUACACAGCCGUUUUUGAAAAUCGAUCAGGGCACUUACCACCUGAUGAAAUUAUUUUUAUUUGGCUGUUUUAUUUUGUGAUUUUUGAGAAGUACACUCGGAAUCUUUGCAGUAAGGCUAAAUUUAAAUAAAUAUAUAAGCAAAUGUCAGCAAAUUUGUGAUUUCAGAUCUUGUGGGAGUGAACUUUUUAUAUUAUUAACAUUAUGAAUAUAAACCCUUGCAAGCCAGGUUGUGUCUUGUGUUGCACUGGGGAUAUGUUUCUGCUUCUGCUUCAGAGCAUCUUAAGUUCCAUCACUUCUUGCUGAGCAGCACAUUUGUAUGCAACUGUAUUGGGAUUCCUCCUUCAGCAGUCCCAGAAGCAUGUGGUGCUAGCCUUGUUUGGUACAGCAGACUCAAACAGCAAGUGAAUUCCUGUCAGAGGAUUUUUUUUUUAGUUUUUAUUUUAAAUCAGACUGUCAUACUGCAUAUGACAGACCACAUCCACAAAAUCUCUGCUCUCUCUUUUUUCCUUCUUGUUCUUCCUCUACAAAAGAAGCCUUCCACUCUCCAGGUAAAAUUAUCCAGCCAUUCUUUCCAGAGAGUAGAUGUAAGCAUUGGGUUGUAUAAAAAUUGCUUCCAUAAUUCUUGCUGCCUUUGUCCUUCUGUUUAUCUAUUUCUCUCUUUGUAAAAUAUCAUCGUAUUUAUUUCUAUAUAAAAAAUACAUUAGAUGCCAUCAGUUCCUUUAUCGGUUCAUAACAACUGCUAAAAAUAGUAGCAGCAGAGAAGGAAAAAAGCCAGAUUAAAACAGUGUAGAAUUCAGUAUCUAAAAGGCCGUGCAAAAUUUAAGGAGGCCCUUUCCUUGUGCUGUGAAGACAUCAGACUCUGCGCUGGGGGAGCCUUACUGAAGUGAGCAUUCAAGAGUCAAGUCACCACAGUCAAGAAGCCCCUCUCAUGGGUCAUUGCCUGCUUCACUUCUGAAGGUGGGAAGACUUUAAACACAGUAGUCUGACCUGUGCAGAUCUUGCUUUGUAAGUGGGUUCCAACUUCCCUAAGAAAGCUUCAUCACCACAAGUUGUUUAAGCCCUGCUGUGGUUCACGUUAACUAUGGGAAACGAGCCAAAGUUUGAGGUUUGCUUUCUUCUCUAAACUAGGGUUGGGUAGAGCCAUAUGCAGCCCUACAAACAUCUGUAUCUGGCCCCUGGAACUGUCCUUAAGCCAGCCCUCCUCCAUCACAUCAAUGCCUUUCCUUUUGCAUGGAUGGAAUGUGUCUUUGAGCGGCAGUAAUGCCUCUUGCUUGCCUAGAUGUGGUGUGUGUAUCUAUCAUCUACCUACCUACCUACCUACCUAUCUAUCAUCUAUCAUCAUAUCUAUCAUCUAUCUAUCUAUCUAUCUAUCUAUCUAUCUAUCUAUCAUUUAUCAUCUAUCACUGUCUCUCUUUUCCACCUCUCCCACCCAAGUAUCGGCUAGUAGGGUGGAGCGAAUGGGGCUGCAUUACUCUUCUAGCUUCCAAAUGUUGUGCAUCGCUGCUGUUUACUGAAGAGUGGGGAGUUCAGCAUGGUGUAGGUGAAGCAGUGAAUUGACCUUUCUGCUGCUCCAGUAUACUGUUGAGCAUCCUGCAGCAUUGCACCUUCCCCUUCUCAGUAACCGGAAGUGUCCUGUGGUGUUGGCAAGGCAGGAGACCAACCCGUGUUGCCUUUCUGGCCACUACUGUGUAUACCUUUGAGUUUUGUGUAGCAGGAAUGGUAGGACUGUGCUACAUAGGUGGAUGUCACACCCAAUGCCCUGCCCAUCAUGCCACAGGAAUGUGUUCCCCACAUUCCCAUGUGGACCUCCCACCCGAUGGCCCUAGAGCAUAGUUAACACUGACCAUUGUUUGUAACCACAAUUAACUGCAGACGGAAGCAUAAACUUCCAAUCCCCUCCUCAUGGCUGCAUUGGAGAAGAAGAGAGUCAGUGAACUCAAGUUCACUUCUGUUAGCACUAAAACUAUGGUUUUGGCUGGUUGCCUUCAUGCAGAGUGGGAAUGAUGCCUGUGUUAUAUUUAUCUACCACAACAGGACUGUGUGUUCCAAGGCCCUAGACAAUGGCAGGUGUUCCACAUCAGUGUGGUUUUAGGCUAGAGGCAGGUCACUCCCUAGAAAGCCCUUAGCCAAUGGGUAAGGCUAAAGCACAUUUUAGAAAAUGCUUUCUGUUCUUAUGUUAUGCAGAUGAGCAAGCACUGCUUUUUUUUUUAAAAAAAGUGAAUUUGCUUUGGGAAAUGAAAAGGAUGUAUGGAGUGUUUUGAAGAUAAAUUGUAAGGAUAUACUCCCUGAGAUUUCCUUUAACAAAUGCACUUUCAUCCUCUUAUUACUGGUUGCAAAUUGCAGUUUGGACAGGCUCAUACCAUAACAUUUUCUGAUCAUUAAUAGAAAGCAUUCCACUGCUGCCAAAAGAAUACAGGAUUUCUUGACAAUUAGACUAAACAUGGCAACAUUGUGUAUCUCUUGAGGAACUCCCAAGAAGAUACAGAUUCUUCAAACUAAGGAGGGGACGAUCUUUUGUUCACAACUGGUUUCACUAUUCCAAUUUUUAGUAUGCAGAAAAAAUGGACUAAUUUUAUUGUUUGCUAUUAUCUCUUUGAAGUCUGCUUGUAAACCAGUUUGUAGUUGGAUUUCAUCUCAUGCACUCUGAAGCCAAGUUUAAACUCUCUGUUAUUUCCCAGCUUGUAGCUCCCAAGCUUUGGCCUAUUGAUUUAGCUGAUAAGGCAUUUUUUUGUUUGUGUUAAAUAUUUAUAACCUGGCUUUUGAACACACAAUCCCUAAGGUGGCUAAAAACAAAUUAAACCAAUAACUUCUUUCUUUUCUAAAUUUAUAUCUUACUUUUCCAUCAAGCCAACAGAUUCCAACACUUAAUAGUGGCCAUAAACAAACAAACUUAUCAGGCCAAAGGCCUGUCAGAAUACAGAUGAGGGCUGUGCAUGACCCCUUCUUGGCUGGGUGAAGUUGUAGGGAGGAUUUCUGCAACUUUUGUGGAAUGCCCACAAGAAUCACAGCACUUUAGGGCAGGGGUCAGGAAACUUUUCCAGCAGAGGGCCAGUCCACUGUCCCCCAGACCUUGUGGGCGGCCGGACUAUGUUUUUUUUUGGGGGGGGGGAAAUGAAUGAAUUCCUAUGGCCCAUAAAUAACCAAGAGAUGCAUUCUAAAUAAAAGCACACAUUCCACUCAUAUAAAAACACACGGAUUCCCAGACCAUCCGCAGACCGGAUUUAGAAGGCGAUUGGGCUGGAUCCUACCCAUGCUUUAGGGUGUGUAGGGACACUUACAAGGUGAGGAGGUGGUCUUUCCAUCUUUCUCCUUUGUCUCUUCAAGUUUUUAAUCCAGAGAUGGGGAUCUUACAGUUCUCUCCAGAUGUUAUCGACCAUCCAUGCUGGCUGGUGCUGAUGAGAACUGGAGUCUUAAGUACAUCUUGGAGAGCCGCAGGUUCCUCAUCCUCGCUUUAAAAACAUGCAUGCCAUGAUCAGCAUGUAGCUGCUUGGUUGCUUUAAAAACCUAUUAAGAUCGGUGCAUAGAAUGAUGCUGCAGGAUAGCAUGAUAUAAUUCCCAGGAGCAUUGUAUGGAGAAAAAAUUAUGGUUGCCCUGUAGCUGCUGAGAAUGCCUUCUCUCUAGUUUCUACCAAAUGAUGACAUACAUUGACUAGUUGGAUAUUAACUAGACAAAGAGGAUGUCCUUUCCCAAAGAGCUUAAGACCCAGACAAACUUAUAUGAGAGAAUGGUCCAGUGGCCUGUGAAGCUGCUGUAACAUGGGAGCCUCAUGAGUCCUAUAUUUAACCCUAGUCAGUAGUGUUGAAAUUUCUAAAUGCUCUUCAUUCAAAGGCAGCCCUGCAUAAGAUGUAACCAAAGUAUGUGUUGCCAGGGCCAUGUCUGACCUCUCAGGGAAUGGGCACUGUUGACACUCUAACCCCUGUUGUGCAAAAGUACUGUGAAAAUGUGGGCUUCUGGGUUCAGAGAUGAAUGCUUCAAGGGGAGUGUAACACCGUUCAAGGUAAGUUGAGCCCCUCUUCUCUGCCCUACCUUUCUGCUGCUGAGGAGCACCUCUAUUUUAUCUUGGUUGAGCUUCCUUGGAUUUAGGUGGAAAUGAGAGCAGGCAGGGGUCAGGUUUCACCUGCAUGUUGGUUACACCAAGUCCCAAAUAUAAGAAUAAAACAUACAACAAUUAAGAUUGUACUUACUUGCCUGGGAGAAGAAAGCCUGAGCAAAGAAAAGAACCCUAAAAGAAAAUGGUUGCUAGGCAAGCAUGUUUUGCAGUGGUAUUCCAUAGACAUGGUGCCCAAACGGUUUAGCUUUCAAAGGUGGAACCAUUUACGGUUAUCCAUAUAAUGUAAUAGCAACUAUAAUCCAUUGACAUCAGCACUGUACUAAGAAGUGAAGUACAAAAAGGCAGAUACCAAGGAGUUUACAAUCUCAUUUGCUUACUUUCGGUGAACAUGCUUUCUUCUGUUGAAUUAGUAGGAAUGCAAAUUGCCCGUGUACAGUUGUUCCUUCAGGUAAAGCAAACCUGUCAGCCAAUUUUUUGAGAAAUGAAUGGUGUGCUAUAAAUAUGAUUUCCUGGUGGAGAAGAUGGAGAAUUGUUUCUUCUGUAGCAUGGUUGAACUUCACAUGUUCAGUAUCUGUAUUUCACCAGCCCCCACUAGCCCUGUCACCCUGAAUACACAUUUACUUUUUUCAAAUGUGAAAGUGAUAUUUUUUGGUGAAAUGGGUCAGUGAGUUCUUCCCACCGGCCCCAGAAGAUAUAGAUUUAGAAUUCUCUUCUCUUGACUAUAGAACCUUUGUGCAUUUAGGCACGGAAACUCAUUUUUUAGAGAAACAAUUGUUGGCUCUGUUUUAUUUGCGGAGUGCGUCAGUGUAUUGAAGUUAGAGGUUCAGUGUAAUUGGAUAGAGAUUAUUCUUAGAUUUGGAUUAAGGCAACUGAUUUCAAAUCUUGGGACAUUCAGCAGCUGUCAGAGAUUUGCCGUGCCAAAAAAAGUCAUUGAGUGCUCUGUGUACAUUGGCCUGAUUUUCAUUUCAUGGAGGAAGGAAUAAAAAUGUAGCUUAUUAAUAAGGAAGCACUCGUCACUCUGUUUUGAACAUUAUGGGGUUACUUAUGGUUACAAUGAAUAUUUGCAUGUGAUGUGUGUCCCCCUGGUUUUUUGUUUUUAAGUGAUGCCAUAUCCUGCCAGGUAGGACAUGGGUGGCACUGUGGGUUAAACCACUGUGCCGCUUGGGCUUGCCGAUUGAAAGUUCAGCGGUUUGAGACCCCGUGUUGGGAUAAGCUCCUGUUGUUCGGUCCCAGCUCCUGCCAACCUAGCAGUUUGGAAGCACGCAGUGCAAGAAGAUGAAUAGGUACCACUCCGGCGGGAAGGUAAACGGCGUUUCCGUGCACUGCUCUGACUUCGGCAGGAGCGACUUAGUCAUGCUGGCCACAUGACCCAGAAAUACUGUCUGCGAAAGCAGACAGGCGGCGGCUCCCUCGGCCUGUAAAGCGAGAUGAGCGCCACAACCCUAGAGUCAUUCGCGACUGGACUAAUUGUCAGGGGUACCUUUACCUUUACCUUUAUAUCCUGCCAGGAUAAGACACUGAGUCUGGUGUGUGUCCAUUGACACUUGGCCUUUUCUACAUAGGCUCAAGCACAGACAAUCCUGAGUUUUUAUUGGUGCUGAUCUCUGAGGUCACCUUGCCCUGACAAGUGUGUUUAUUAAAUCAUUUCUCCCUUUCUCUUGAAAGCUGAGAACAAAGUAUUUGUUAUUGCAAGAGGUAGGUCUUUUGUCGUACAUUCUAGUUCCACUUUGUAAUAUUAACAGUAAGAAUGGGAAAUCAGUUCAGAGCACCCUGAGACUGUCUCCAGUAAUGUAACUCAAGUCAUCUGCUACCUGCCAAGUCACCUUACUCAGGUUUUACAUUUCCUCCCACUUUCCCCAGUGAUGUGACCUUUAAUUGUUCUUUUACUACUAGUUAAAUGAUUUUCAAAUUGGGCUAGGCUUGGUUCAGACAAAAGACUUCAUGUUUUUCUGGGAGCAUUACUAGUCUGUAUUCAGUGCAGAUCUCCCUGGAGUGUAUUUAGCCUUCACAGUGAUCGGAAAACUCCAGCAAAAGCUCAGACUUCCAGAUCUCUUCAUUUGCAAACCAAAAUGAAACAAAAGGAGUUGAAAGAGUUCUGCAGAGAGGAAAUGAGAGUGGAGGGAAUGGCUUUGCAGACAGUUGUAAACAAGCUCGAGCAAACAGUAUUCCCAUCAGAAUAAUGUGCUCUCAACAGCCACUAUUUUAGAAUAGUUAUCUUGUCUGCUCUAGGGAAGUUGGCAGGAAAGUCAUGCUUUCGUUAUAUGAGUUUCUAACUAACUAUUACAUUUUAUGGAUUAUGCAUGCCGGGUUUAUGAUUCAGUGAGCAGUUUCCCACAUGGUUGGUCAAAGAAGCUUUAUGCACCAGGGAGCAAUAAUGUGAAACUUUCAAUUUCUUCUGUUAGCUUCUUCGAAGAUGAUUUUCACAUUGCAGAUGAUUCAUGGAAACAACAAUUCUAACUCAUUUGAACCACUGUGCCAUUUCAUCAAGUGUGAGUGACCUUGGCAGUUAUGCCUAUGGGCGGCAACAAUUUCAGGGGCAAUGGCAACACUUUUUAGGAACCUAAGAAGAAUGUGAUGUAUCAGGCCAAUGACUCAUCUAGACCAGCAUCCCAUUCUCUCAGUGGCCAACCAGAUGCCUGUGGGAAGCAUGCAAGCGGGAUCACACCCCCUUCCAGUAGUCUCUAGCAACUGGUACUCAGAAGCAAUUCUGCCUCUGACCACUGCUAUGGUUGUGUGUGUGUGUGUGUGUGUGUGUGUGUGUGUGUGUAUAUGUGUGUGUGUGUGUGUGUGUGUGUAUAUAUAUAUAUAUAUAUAUAUAUAUAUAUAUAUUAUAAUAUAUCUGUGCCUACGUAAUAGAUUACCCAUGGAAGGCUUGGACUGUUGCUCUGGAAAAGAAGCCCAUUGUGUGGUUUAUCCAAAAAGAUGAGCAUUUUGUUUACAUCUAGCAAUACAUAUUAGCAAUUUGGGAUGUUGGUGGUCAAGAUACCUACCUGGUAUUUAAGGUUGAUGAUGAUGUAAUAAUGCAUAAUAAUAAUACGUGUAAUAUUUUAGGGCUUUUUUUUUUUGCUGGUCUGUUGUAUGCUGUGCUACUAAAUUGUUUGGCUACUGUUUGGUUUUCUUCUUUUUGGAUUCUUUUGGGCUGCAGAGUGAGAGACCGAAUGCUUGAAACAAUGGGAAAAAAAGUAAACAAGAAUAGUGAAAAUGGCAAUGUAGCGAACAUUUAAUACUCUUAGUUCUUGAAAUAAAUUGUGUAUCGCUUCUCUUCCUCUCAUGUACAAAUGCAUUUUCCAGCUUUGACCAUGGUUAUAAGUUGUUGACAUUAGAACUAACCAUAAAAGGUACUAUGGUUUGCUUUUAAUGAGGCUUUAAAUAUCAAAUCCUGCUGAAACUCUGGAUUCAGUUCCUAGUUAGCAUGAACCAUGGCAGUGCCUUCUGUAUUAAAUUAUGUAGGUCUGCAACCUAAAGGCAUACUCUAAGGUUCUGUUCGGACAUUAUGCCUGAAUAGGGAAAGGCGACAUGGUUGACAUCCUCAAGGUCUGUGCAUCCAGCCCUGGCCCCAAUGUACACAACCCCUACAUACACAACAUAACAAAAGCCCUGCAAGAUUAGACCAAAUGCUCAUCUAGUCCAGCAUCUUGUUCCUGCAGUGGUCAACCAAAUACCUGUGGGAUGCCCACAAAGAGGACAUGAGCACAAUAGCACUCUUUGUGAUCCCCAACAACUGGUAUUCAGAGACAUAGUGCAUCUGAUACUAGAAGUAAUAAACUGUAGCCCUUGAGAUUAGUAGUCAUUCAUAACCUCAUUGUGGUAGAGACUUCCAUAACUUACUAGCUGCUGAAUGAAGACGUGCAGUGAAGGGGUCGUCUAGGUGUGUUUGGCUGAGCUUGCUUAGAAGUCUCCGGGAGAGCAGGAGCACUGCAUUAUCAGGGUUCCUUAGCACAACGAAACUUCUAAAUGUGUAUCAGCCAUAUACUGUAAAGCCCCAUUCAGACCUUUCCCUCAAUAUGGGAAGGUUUGUGGUGAAAUAGGCGUGGUUGGCACAUAUGGGAAUACUGGGGGCAGGGCUAGUGUUCAUGGCCUGCAGACCCUACUUAUGCUGCAUAACACCUGAGUAACGUGCCUUUCCAUAGUAUGUUGCUUUAUGUGUGAAGAAAAAAAAGCGGAAUCUUCUUCUAGAGUUGGCUUUGUUUGUUUACCCACAUGCUACUCUUGAUUAUCUAGGUUGGAUGUUCAAAAAGGGUUAAGCAUUUAUUUUUCUGCUUGCUUAAAAACACAGACAUAUGCAUGCACACAUGGGGUGGGGGGAAUGAAAGUAGCCACAGAACUAUUCUGAGGAAUUAAAAUGGUGCAAGGUCUUAGCCAGUUAGUGCUGACCUGCAGCCACCUUAUGCUGCAGACUUGCAUAAGUCACGAUUUCUAAGCAUUUACUAGAUUUGCCUUUCACAUCGUGGUUCACAAGCUUUAGAUUUCCACACGUGACUUAUUUCUUUUUAAUUAUCUUAGUCCCCACUUCUCAUGUGCUAGCAAAUUAUUAGGAUGCAUGGAACUAUUCAUAAAGGUGGAAUGAUGUGACAAAGGAAAAGGGAUGUAAGUUAUAAAGUAUGCCAACAGGCUCAGUCAUAAGUCGAUAUUAAACAGUGUAAUUUGUGAACCACUGCUUUAAAGAAACAAUGGAUCUCUCUGUUUCAGUCUUCAGGAUAUGGUUAUCAGUAUUUAGCAUUCACUGGGUGUUGAUAAUCGGUAGAUAUGAAUAUGAUAAGCAUAUUAAUGUGAAGGAUUUGUUGUUGACAUAAAAUGGUGUGUGGUAUUAUAAUUCAGCUUUAUGAAUUUAAUCCAUAUUUACAGGAGAUAAGCAAACACUUAAAAAAAAUACUGUACCAAAGCAGCACAUAGUGCUGGAAUCAUAGUCACACUAUGCAGUUAUGAGAUUAGCAUAUGAACAAAAAGGAGGAUUUUUGAAGCUCUUAGCCAUACUACAGGAAACAAAAACGCAAAUCUUAUUGUAGGAUAUAACUCAUGUUUAUUGCCCACCCCCCUAAUAUUCUUAAGAGGGUCUCUUCUUCAGUCUUCAGAGAGUGGCUGGAAGUGGGGAGGCAGAAAAAGGUCCUCCUUUCUUUCCACUCUGCAGUUUUAAUCUGAAAUCUUAGGCACAGUACUUCGCCCAGAGCUCAGAAACUGCUUGCGCUAAUGAAAUUCCUUGUCGCAAAAUGCGCCUAGAACAAUGGGAGUUUCGAACACUGCAGACUCAUGAACAUGCGGAACUGAAAUGGACCAGAAAUAGAGUAAUCUGCCCAUUGCUGGCUUGUACAGGACAUGAUCAUGGAUAAUAUUUGCUUUCUGUCAGUGAUUUCCAUUGUAUUUGCAGAUUGGCUACAGUGAUGAAUUAAACAGAUUUAAUAAUUUUUGUUUAUUAGUAGCGUUUCCCAUUUCCUUUUCUCUUACUGUCCCAUACAUAAUAUUCUCAUAGUUUAGUUUACCCUUCAAAGCCAGCAGCAAGUUGUAAAGCACAAAGAGGUGUUGAAAAGAAGGAAGGAAGAAGACAGAAAAUGAACUCAGAGCUUGUAUGUUGAAGUUGGUAGUGGAAACCUCUCUUUCUCAUGCAAAGCUUUUUCACGGCACACAUAAUUAUCCUAUGGUAUUAAUUGAAACAGGAGAAGGUGACAGAGCUGUUAACUUGCAUAACUGUGCUCAUUUUUAAUUAUGACAUGUUUAAUUUUUUCAAAGCAUUUAGACUCCGGGGCCUUUAUUCCAGUUUCUGACACCUAACGAAACUGAAGAUAAAAUAUUAAUUAAAUGAAAACAGCAAGCGAAGAGUGGCACGUUCAGUUAUGGUAUCUAGCUAUAAUGCAUAUCUAGUAACUGUUUGGAUGGCUAACCUUUAUUCUUCUCCCCUACAGGAAAGAUUUCAAGUCAAGAAUCCUCCACACACAUAUAUCCAGAAAUUAAAAGGCUAUCUCGAUCCAGCUGUAACUAGGAAGGUAAGAGAUUUUAUUUUGUAAAUGUUUGAAUCCCCCCCCCCAUUUUCAUUUAGGAGUAGUAUAUAAAAUCAGCCAAAUGAAGCAGUUGACCAGGUGUGGGGAACUUUUGGUUUUUUGGAUUUUGCUGAACUGCAGCUCCUCUGAACCAAGACCAAGCACGGCCAAUUGUCAGUGAUGAUGGGAAUUGUAGUUCAGCAAUGUCUGGAGUGCAAAAAAUAAUUAUGUUGGAGAUGAGAGGGGUUAACUUUUUUUUAAUGCUGCCUACCUCUUCUAUAGGGACGCGGGUGGCGCUGUGGGUAAAACCUCAGUGCCUAGGACUUGCCGAUCGUAUGGUCGGCGGUUCGAAUCCCCGCGGCGGGGUGAGCUCCCGUCAUUCGGUCCCAGCUCCUGCCCACCUAGCAGUUCGAAAGCACCCCAAUUGCAAGUAGAUAAAUAGGUACCGCUUUAUAGCAGGAAGGUAAACGGCGUUUCCGUGCGCUGCGCUGGUGCUGGCUCGCCAGAACAGCUUCGUCACGCUGGCCACGUGACCCGGAAGUGUCUUCGGACAGUGCUUUUUCUCCUUUCCCCCAAAGAUAACCUUUGUAAUUUUUAUGUACGCUGCUUUGAGACUUAGGUCAUUAAGUGCUAUAUAAUUGGAAGCAAGCAAGACUUGUACCCAGGAAAUGUCUAGUCAAAACUUCACCACCUGAUUCUGCUGACAUGAUGGAAUAAAUGGGGCAUUCUUUUAUAUCAAAAGACAGGUCCCAUCAGGGUUCAGAAGAGUGUGUCUUCCUUGCAUAUUUUUUUAAAGUGAAAAGUUUAUAUUUCAUUUUAUAGUUGCAUGGCUGGUUGGGCAUUGAAGGAUGUCUUUGCAGGUCAGUGGGCAAAGAAUUGAUGGGAAUUACAAACCCAGUAGACUUCUGGCAUAAGUUGAAAUGAAAGUGGUUUGGCACAAGGUUCAUGGGUUGCAGAACACAGCACCUGUAGGCUGCAAGUUAAAAUCUAGUUUAGACCCAGUAGCACACAGGCAGGUAGCGUUGUGCUUUAGGGAUUGGUGUUCCAUGAAUCCUACCUUGUUGUUAGCAACUUGGAAGUUUAAUUCUGCACUAGCUGGAGCUUUCAGAACAUUUUCAAGGGUUACUCACAUAGAGCAGUUAUCCAGUUGUGAGGUUAUUGAAGUGUGGAUUACUGAGGCCAUAGCUGAGGAAGCAGCUGGUUGUGGACCUCGGCCUCUAGUGUUAGCAGAGAUUCAAGGAGAACCUCCAGUUUCUGCACCUGCUCCUUCAAGGGGAGCCUUCUAGAACAGGCUGUCUCUCUUAAUUUCUGGAUUUGGGAACUAACUGUCCACAGCAACUCAGCCUUAUCAGGAUUCAGUCUCAGUUUCUUGGUCCUCAUCCAGCUCAUCGCGGCUUCUGGGCACUAUUCUGUCACUUAAGCUUGUCCUGCUCUAGGUGGAUUGGAGGGAGAGAGGGAGAGAGCACAAUGAAACACAUUUGCCAGGUGUGUACAGAUCAUGCAGUAAAAUGUGUAGCUAAAUGUAACUAUUACCCAUAUAGUAUAGUAUCAGAGAGAAGGUUAAAAAGUCAGGAUGAAAUAUUGGAUAGCUUUGGAGAAAGUGUUGUGUAAAAGAUAAAUUUUGAUUUCUAAAUGUAUUUCAUAUACUAUAAGUUUAUUUGUACUGGAAAUUGUGUGUGUGUGUGUGUGUGUGUGUGUGUGCGCGCGCACACACACACACACACACACAACUGGUUGUCUGAUUAAUAGAGUAAUUCUUCAGAAUUUAAACUUAAUAUGCAUCUUAAUGACUUAUGUAUUCCGCCUGUCAUGGGAGUGUGAAGGUUUUAUAUACUAUCUACCUGAAUCUAAAUAUCACACUCAGGCAUUGUUUUCUCUCCUUGCAAAUUAUAGAAAUUUAGGAGAAGAGUUCAAGAAUCUACACAAGUAUUACGAGAACUAGAAAUUUCUUUAAGAACCAAUCACAUUGGGUAAGAAUGAUUUUUUUUAUUUUACCUUUGUUGACGUUUGGGCAAAAGACAUUUAUCGCAACCUGUCUAAAGCUUCCUUGGCCCAGCUGUGUAUCUUCAUGGCUCAAAUGGAACCAUGGUUCAAAUAGUAUUAUGACUGUGGGUUUUCAAGCUUUGCUAUAGGAACCCUUUCCUCAUUGGCUUACCUGCUGAGGUACUCCUAAAUAUCUGCCAUUGACUCCCUUGUGUUGCAGAGCAUUCUGGGACAUAUUCCAGAGAAUGCACAGUACAUAUAAGUACUGGCCAGGCCUGCGGGGCCUCAUUGUCACGCAUCAACUGAAUAAUCUCAUGAAUAUGUCAGACCUAGACCCUGCAAUCAUGAUCUGAGGCCCUUCUUCAUAUGCCUCCUCUGUGAGAGGUCCAAACAGGAACAACAUAAGAGCAGGCCUUUCCUACAGUGGCUCUCCUCUUGUGGAAUGCUCUCCCCAGAGAGACUCACCUGGCACCUUCUCUGCAUAUCUUUAGACGCCAGGUGAAAGCAUCCCUCUUCUCAAAGGCUUUUGGCUAAUUAAACUUUCUGUGGGCUUCCUAUUGAGGAAGCCAUUGUUUUUGUUUGUUACUAUAGUAUGUAUUUUUAUGUUUUUAUAUUGUAAACUGCCCUGUGAUACUUUGAUUGAAGGUGGUAUAGAAAUUUAAUAAAUCAUCAUCACCCAUGGUGGGUAAAAAUGUUUUUUUUCUGGGUGCCUUGGUUUCAUUUCAUUUUUAAAAAUUAAAUUAUUUUAUUUUAUGAAUAAUAUUAAUUACAAAGAGUUAAAGUAAAAAGAUAAAGAAAUAAAGAAAAAUAAUCUAUAAAACCUUUUUAAAGGCAGAGAAAAACAACAAUAACAAUAUACCUCAACCACCAUUACAGAUCUUUCCUUUGGGAACCCUGAGAAGCUUUUCAGAACCCUCAGGGUUCCCUAGAACACAAUUUGAAAACCACUGCUUUGGCAUAUUUUUCUUUCCUUCAAGGCAUUGUGACUUUGUGAUGUGGCCUGGUUUUGCAUAAGCGUUGUGCUGCUCAGGCAAUGAGAAUUUAGAGACACACAAUUCAACAACUGCAGUGUUGCUUCAAAAGAGAGCUGCAUUUAAAGUGUGUUGGAACACGCCCCCCACCCGAUCUUUCACAAACUAUUUUUGUUAAAAGUUCUGGCUCUCUUUCUUUCUCUCUCCCCCUCCCUCCCCCACCUUUUGCAAAGCCCGUUUGAAGUGAAAUUGACCAUGAAAUACCAAAGCUAGGCCAACAUUGCUAAUACAUAGUUGGCAGAGCAGCAAAUGUUUAGGCAAUAUCUUUGAGAUGACAUGCCAAUGAAGUCUGUAAGCAAUUGUAGCAGUUUUGUCAUCAGAUGGACGUCAAACUUCAGUAAUAUUUCCCAAACCAAAUAUGCAGUAGAAGUUGUCAGUAUAUCAUCUUUUACUCUUUUCUUUUAUGGAAACUUGCCCGAGAGUUAACUUUUUAAAAAUGCCAAGCGAAAUUUAUGACUUACCCUAAUGUCUUGCCAGAUGUUAGCUGUGACUGAAGUGAGAGACUAUUUCUGCUAAGUUCAUUAGGACUUUGAAGUCAGUGGCUGCUGUGAAAUUCUUUUGUGUGUGUCAAUGUGACUAUUACCUUGAGCUAAUUGGUUGUGUGCAGCUAUCCGUACCUGUACACAUGAAUCCUUUGAGACAGAAAAUGGCUUCCUUCCAUAUGUGGUGAAAUGUCAGCCGUACCAUGCACUCCUGGUCCCAUCCAUCGAGAGCAUUGCUUCUUAAAACUGUGACUGAUAGCUCAAUCCUAUACCUAUCUACUUAAAAAGUAUAAAUGGGCAUCCCCACUUAGGCUGUAUGUGAUUACAGCCUAAAUCACUUGCUGUGAAAUAAACACAGACUUUGGGCCAUCAGUAUUCUCCCUAGCCUUUUCUUUCUUCACUCUCCCCACCUCCACCCCCUGGCCAAUUUCCCAUAGUUCCCAGUCGGAGGAAGGGUCCUCAAUAAGAAGGCCUCUGCCUAAUCUAUGUCAAAUGAAAAUCCAUUUUGAAAGAUUCUAUACUGCUGUUCAUGUAGUAUAUACUAGGGCAGUGUACAGCAUGAUAAAAAGAAUAUUGCAUUAAAAUAAAUCAGUACAUACAAAUUCGGAAUCACUGGUGUGGUUGCUAUGGCUCGGGUCCAAUUAUCCCUGCAGAAAGACCAUUGGAAGUUCAAAAACUCAUUUGUUUCUUGAGAUUUGGGGGUAUAAUCCAGUUAACAUGAUAUUUGCUUGGGUUUUGCCGCCGUGUUACUUUUGACCAACUUUCUCUGUUAGUGCAUUUCCAGGUUUUUCAAAACGAUAAAAUAUCCUUGGCAUUACAUUUACAUAGAGAUGGCAGAAAGCCCAAAUGAUGCUUGCUUUACUGCUCAGAUGGUUAAAUUAAAAUAAGUGAAAUACCUGGUAAUUGUGCUGACCUCUAAUGAUAACCUCAAAAUCUUGACUAUUUUACCUUGGCUCUGAGCACGUGCAAUGGCCUUGUGAUUUGGUGACACCAUUCCAUUCCAUGCUGAAAAGUUUCUGAGAGAGAAAUUACUGUAUUUUUUGCUCUAUAAGACGCACCAGACCACAAGACGCACCUAGUUUUUGGAGGAGGAAAACAGGAAAAAAAUAUUCUGAAUCUCAGAAGCCAGAACAGCAAGAGGGAUCACUACGCAGUGAAAGCAGCAAUCCCUCUUGCUGUUCUGGCUUCUGGGAUAGCUGCACAGCCUGCAUUCGCUCCAUAAGACGCACACACAUUUCUCCUUACUUUUUAGGAGGGAAAAAGUGAGUCUUAUAGAGCAAAAAAUACAGUACUAGCUUUUGCAAAAUGUGUUUCUUUUCUCCUGUAAUUACUGGGUUCUUUUUUUGUGUGUGUGCAGACUUGCUUGCACAAGUACAAAUAUGCUGAUCUCUAAUGAUUUCCCCUAACAGGUGGGUCAGGGAGUUUUUGAAUGAAGAAAACAAAGGCUUGGAUGUUUUGGUAGAGUAUUUGUCUUUUGCACAGUAUGCAGUCACGUAAGUAAGACCCGGCUUAUGCAAAGCAAAACAUUACAGUGUAGAGUGAUUUGCUGUUUUGGCCUUGCUAGUAUAUCACAGUGCACUAAAGCUUGAACACCCUUUAGUGCAAUAGUUUACCGUUCUAGCAAUUGAUGGUGUUCCAAAGAUUGCUGCCAGAAAUCUCUUCUUUGUGGGGUUACACAAUGCACUGCUUGUCUUAGUAUGUUGUAUCAGCAGCAUAUAGGAAACACUGGAUACCGCACUUGUUUGUUCCUCUAUCCUGAGAUGAGUUCGGCCUUCUGCAUCUUUGUCCAAAGUAGAUAGUUCCAUACCUUCAGAACAUACCCAUUCAAAUGUUCCAUGGAAGCAGUUAAAGCAAAAGCACAAGUGAAUUGUAGACCUCUUAGGGACACAGGAAGCACUUUUGCCCAGUAUUGUCAAGUCUUGCAUUAGUUGUCCAAGGUCCCGAACAGUAGUUUUCCCCAUCACCUGCUACCUGAAAUCCUUUUAACAAGAGAUGCCAGUGCUUUGAACCAAGGAUUUUCUACAUGCAACACAUCUACUCUGCUGAGCAAUGGGCCCUUUCCAAAGCUUUUAUAGCUCUAAUUUCCCUAAGUGAGAUUUCAUAUCUUAAAAUGCAGUAGGUUCGCAGUCUUACCACGGCUGAGACCAAUGAGUUCCACUUGGUAUGCUGUGGCAGAACUGCAGAAAGUAGAACCACUUUGCAGUCAAGCUUCUUCUUGCCACUCUCAAAGUUUUUGAACUAGCCAUGAAAAUGCCUACAAUAAGAUGAUGGCAGUGGUGUGAUUGCUAGUACUGGGCAGAAACUGGGAAGCACGGGUUGUCUUAUGGAGCUACAUGCUGUUAGCUCCCCAUGAGAAAUCCCCUUGCAGUGCUGAUCUAUCGGGGAAGCAGGGGAGAGGAAGAUUGGCCUGAACUGUGCUUCAGUGUCCUGUUUCGCCUCUGUGCUGUCCAGCCCUGAAUGUUCUGAAGCAGCGAUGGGGAGCCUGGGGCAUUCUGGAUGCUGCUGGACUACAACUCCCAGCAUCCCUGACCGUUGGCUCAGCAGACUGCGGCUGAUGGGAGCUGCAGCCCAACAGCAUCUGGAGGGCUUACAGAUUUCCCAUUUCUACUUCAAAGGAUCAUGAAUUCAGCAACGGGCAAACAAGUUUCUGCUUUACUUGCAGUUCUCCUGGUUCAGGACCUCAGGUUCUUAAGACGAAGAGAAAUGUGAUUUGGUUUUUAGGACAUAUACAGACAAAGGUGCUUGGGAGAGACAGUUGUUUUGUUUGAACUGGAACAAAGUUAAUGGCAGGACAUUACUGAUUUGGGGGGAAAGGCACGUUGCAGGAAAAGAAGUGCUUGCUUUAAAUACUUUCACCUCCCGUACUGAACCAAGAGCAAGGCGUUUUACUUGUCGUUUACUCUUCCCUAACAUGGCAUGCAUAGAGAAUAACCUCAGAGCAUAUAAGAAGGGAAGAGAUGGCUCCACUUUCAAAGAGCAGUGCAUCGAGUAAGGGCUGGGGAAAAAUAAAACAAAGGAAGAGCAGAAAUGAUUACAUUAAAUGCAUUGCAUAUGUUUGGAGUUUGGUCUUGGCCAUUAUACAGGGAUAGAUUUGAAACUAAAUUAGAAAGCAAAGCUAAUUGAUUUUAAAAAAUAAAAUAAAAUAAAAAUGAAGAGAGCCCUGGAGACUUGUUUUCCUCCAACGAAUCAAGCAGUUUUGAAGUUAGAAAAUCUGGAUAAGGUUGUAAGAUUCUUUCUCAGUUCUAUCUGCACGAUGGCCCUCUCCCUGUUUCUCAAGAUCCAAAUUUACUGUGAAACGUACGUGUAACUAGCACUCUGUUUUUAGCUCAAGGGGAAAUAUGUUACAGUGCGCUCUGUCACUGUAUUGUUGACUGUAAUCAGCUGGGACAGAGUAAAUCUGCAGAUGUUCAGCAGCAGGAAGGAAAAAGUUGUCUACGUCUCUCUCUUCUUGCUUACUUUCUCUUUUCCGUUUUUGUGUUUUGCAAACCUGCAUUGAAAUGUUCAUUUCCGUUUAGGUUUGACUUUGAAAGCUUGGAAAACAACAUGGAAAACUCAAUGGAUAAAUCUAAGCCUUGGAGUCGAUCCAUUGAAGACCUCCAUCGAGGAAGUAACCUCCCCUCUCCCGUUGGCAAUAGCAUUACCCGCUCUAGCAGACAUUCUACCCUACGGUAAGAAAGCACUCCAGGGCUGGUGGCUCCAGGGAACAAGAUGGCGGCUUCAUGCAGGAGAGAAUUCAGUCGAAUAUUACAUAUUUUGAGAUUGACACCAACCCUCAUUAUACAGUUUACAUAUUUUGAUGACUACUUAGCCAAACUUCACUGGCUGUGCUUAAUUAAAUUAAAAAUUAUCUGAGGAAGCUAAUUAUUUAUAUUGUUGUGAGCCGAGUUUGUAGUUUGCGUGUGGUGUUUUUUUAUUUUGCAGGUGAUUGCUUGGCUAAUAAUUAGCAUGCCCCUAGGAGUGCUUUUUUCUUGGUGUUGUGAAAUUAACGGAGCGAUAAGGCUGUUGUCCCAUACCCGCUUAACACGUUCCUGCUGAACUCAAUGAGGCUUCCUUCAGAGUAGACACCUGUAGAGUCCUUCCACUUUGAAGAGUCGUCUGGUUACAUUUCUAAAGCAAACAGCCUUUUGGAGAGCUCUUACUACCCUCUGGCAUGGAUAUACCAAAGAAUAAAUAAGUACUCAGAACUAAAGAAUAAAUAAAUACUCAGAAUGACCAAGGCUGGCAAAAAUCUUUGAACUAUUACAUGCCAAACCCAUUACUUGUGAUAUUUACUAUAUGGAGGAGGGGGAGGAGUGGAAGCCCAUUAGGUGGAUCCUCCCAACAGUAUCUAAAACCAGUCAAUUUAUUUUGACUCCUGAGGCAGAAAAUCUUGGAAGCACCUCUCUCCGUCCUUGGUAGUGAAAAUAAGAACAGUAAUAAAUUGAAUAACUACCAGUUUGCUACCCUUUCAUGACACUCUGAAUCUGUUUCAUGAAGUGGCUAUGUUACUCUGUUUAAUGGUAGAUGGCCCUUCCAAUUUGUUAUUUAUUUAGAUGGAACCUCUUUGUUCUUUCUCAUUUCCUACAACACUCCCUAUGGCCUUUUCCGCUCAGAAGGGAGAAGAGAAGCUCUCUGGCUCAACAGGAUAGUGGGUGGAAAGAAAGGAGGACUGUUUGGGCAUGUUCGAAUCUUCCGUUCCUGGGUAAGGUGAUUGAGAGAGCGGUUGCUGAACAGCUUGGUGGUUUUCUGGAUGAAACAUCGGCUCUGGAUCCAUUCCAGUCCGGCUUCCGCACUGGUCAUGGGACCGAGACGGCUCUGGUUGCCCUAACAGAUGAUCUUCGUAGACAGCUGGAUCGAGGCGGGUCGGGGCUGCUGAUUCUUCUAGAUCUGUCAGCAGCUUUCGACAUGGUCGAUCACGAACUUCUAGACCACCGCCUUGCCGACGUGGGGAUCCAGGGCACAGUCCUUCAAUGGCUGCGCUCGUUUCUCUCUGGUCGGGGACAGAGGGUGGCGCUUGGGGGGGAAUUGUCAUCGCGCCACUCCUUGGUGUGUGGAGUACCUCAGGGUGCGAUACUCUCCCCGAUGCUUUUCAACAUCUUUAUGCGCCCUCGCCCAGCUUGUUCAGAGUUUUGGGCUGGGUUGCCAUCAGUAUGCCGAUGACACCCAACUCUAUCUGUUGAUGGAUGGCCAUCCUGACUCGGCCCCAGACACACUGACUAGAUGUUUGGAAGCUGUGGCUGGAUGGUUUCGUGGGAGCCGGUUGAAGCUAAAUCCUUCGAAGACAGAGGUCCUGUGGCUGGGACGGGGCGAUAUGGGAUUGGAGGGGCAACUCCCAUCUCUUGCGGGGGCGCAAUUAGUGCCAGCACCGUCCGUUAAGAGUUUGGGUGUAAUCUUCGACACCUCCCUUUCCAUGGAGGCGCAGAUUGCAGCUAUAACAAAGGCGGCAUUUUUCCAUCUCCGCCAAGCUAAGCAGUUGGCUCCUUACCUCUCUCGCCCUGACCUAGCCACUGUGAUCCAUGCGACGGUCACCUCCAGACUGGAUUAUUGUAACUCGCUCUACGUGGGGCUGCCCCUGAGACUGACCCAGAAACUCCAGCGGGUGCAGAAUGCUGCAGCGAGAUUCCUUACGAGGUCUUCGCUGCGAGAUCACAUUCACCCGGUGCUAUACCAGCUGCACUGGCUCCCGGUGGAGUACAGGAUCAGGUUUAAGGUGCUGGUUUUAACCUUUAAAGCCCUAUACGGCCUAGGACCCUCGUACCUACGGGACCGCCUCUCCUGGUAUGCCCCACAGAGAAACUUACGGUCUUCGAAUAAAAACAUCUUGAAUGUCCCAGGCCCCAGAGAAGUUAGGCUGGCCUCAACUAGAGCCAGGGCUUUUUCGGCUGUGGCUCCGAUCUGGUGGAACACUCUGUCACAAGAGACCAGGGCCCUGCGGGACUUGACAUCUUUCCGCAGGGCCUGCAAGACAGAGCUGUUCCACCAGGCCUUUGGCCAGGGCACAGCCUGACUCCCUCCCUCGGCAAUCUUCGCGGAGCUCUGGCCCAAUGGUUGCCAGUGGCUUGAAUUAAUUAAUUUUAUAACGAAUGAUUUUAGACUGUUGUUUAUGCUGUACUUUUGUACUGUUUUAUUGUUGUUAGCCGCCCUGAGCCCGGCUUCGGCUGGGGAGGGCGGGAUAUAAAUAAAAUUUAUUAUUAUUAUUAUUAUUAUGAGCGCAGAGCAGAGGGACUAGACUGCAGAGAAGCAGCCUCGGGCACUUCUCGACUCCUUCCCCUUCGUUCUCUUCCUUCCCUCACACUUGAGGAAUCAGUCUGUCAGCCCACCAUCCAUUUCAUCUUCCUUUUCCCUUCCCUCCCAUCCAACUUGUGCCCUAGAAGCUCUCUUUCAGCGCUCUCUUAAACAACUCUCCCUUCUGAGUAUGCUUAUGCUGUUUGCUUUUGGGGAGCUGCUGCUGCUGGUGUCAGUGCAACGCAAGGUCAAGGCCAGGCAUUUUUGAGGGCCACCACCAAGUAGGCUGAGAUCCUCUCAAGGUCCCUAGUUCAGCUCCUCUGAAACAGCUUCUUCAUCGCUGCUUAUUGUUCUGUGGUUAUCAUGUAGUAUCUCUUGCUUACUAUCUAUCUGUGGUGGGAUAUUCCCUCUAGUACUAUUUCCUCUAGCACUUACUAUUCCCUCUAAUACCAUGUAGAAUUAUCAGUAUAGAAAAACUAUGCCACUAUUGUAUAGUUGGUUUUCUUCAACAUCACUUGGAAGUAGUGAAUGCCUGAUCAGCAGGAACUGCUCAUGCACAAGCUAAUUUCCCUAACGAUUUACCUCAAAUGCAGCCUUUUUUUUAUUCAAUGCAAGUAUCCGUCUUAAGGCAGCUAUUGAUAGUAAAUAUCAAAUUGCUGUAAGUUCACUGCUCCUUUUUGAAUAUUGCUGGCUGACAUCAAAAGUAAAGAAGCUUUCAAAUCACUAAGGGUUUAGAAUUUAGAAUUUUAUGCAGCCUCUUUCACUCCUUUUCUUGGAACUUCGACAUUAAACAGUCAGGCUGCAUCAGCGGACUUAGAACAGAUUUAGCCCAUGCCAUUGAUUCAGGCUUCAGAAGCUUGGAGAGAAUCAGAGGACAGAUAAUUUGCAAAAGAGAUCCAUGCAACUGGAAUGAAGAGUGCAGAGAAGGAAGAUCAAAUUGUUAGGGCUAGUUUUUGAUCUGGAAAAAGCGGAAGAGAGAAGGUAAUAUCAAAAACGUCUCCAGUGGGCCAAAUAAUUUGAAUGCUUUCAAGAGGCAAGGCAAUUGCUUAUCAGGUGAUACCCAGGAACAGCUAUGCAGCAGUGGUUCUUGCACAGUUGGUACACUGUCGCUCCAUUUAAGAAAUCAGGGCUUUAAAACUUCAUAAAUCAGUAGUAGAUGGAUUUUGGUCGUGUUCUUCCUUGAACCCCCAUUGGGAGAUGUAGCAGAAAUACAGGUGUGCAUUACACAUUGCUUACAUUUUCUUUCUCUCCUCCUCUCCAUCUCCUUUUUCAUAUGCGCCGCCCACACUGUAUACACCUUCUCUUCGCUCUGUGUCAACAGCUUCUCCUGUGCUUUCCUUUCCUUUCCCUACGGCAUCAUUUUCUUCUUCUUCUUCCUCACUUGCCUUGUUCUCCUUUUCUCCUCCAUGCUCAUCCAUGCCUCAAAAUGCCAUCAGAAUGGUUUGUCUGCCUGAACAACUUCAGUUCAAACGCCGCCAGAGCUGCUUUUCACACAACUGCCUCUGGAGUGGCUUCAGUUUACACUCUGCUGGUGAGGCUUCAAGCCGGAAAAUCUCGUAAGUCGUGGGUGUAAAAGCUAUGCCCAGAAAAUAGAAUUUAAAAAGCUGACUGGUACAUGGAAGCAGGCUCCCUUGCACUGUUUGCCAUGUGUUAUAAUGAAGGUGGACCACAUGUCAUUCAUGAAUGGUUCCAGCUAGAGGAACUUUCAGUGUCUGAGAUGUGGAUUAUCUCAUUAUAUCUAAUAUGCUGAUACUUACUUCUGUAUUUUUGUGUGUGUGUGUGUGUGUGUGUGUGUGUGUGUGUGUUGGCAGCAGUGGUGGUGGUGGGGGUUGAUUUUAAAAAAUAAGAUAGGAAUUUAAAGUAGGAAUUCCCCAUAGCUUGUGGUUAGUGAUAAAUAAACCACAAAAUGUACACUGUUGUCUUUCAGCUUUUAUUGGCUAGUAUUCCAUCAUAUAUUAGUUUUCAUAGUAUGGAAUUUUAAGGCUUUCGCUCUGGCCUGUUCUGAGGCCCAUGUCACCGCCAUCAAGGGGAACGUUUUGUUUUUUAAACGUUCCCAAAGAUUUGUUUCUGGUUUGCUAGCCUAGUUCAGGCCAUCUCCAGCAUUCUAAUCUGGCUGAAGUCCCAAAAGGAAUUGUAAAUCGCACCUUCCCAGAUAUUCCUUCCUCAGGUAUGUGUAGUUGUUAGAGAGCCUCUUUUCAAAGCUAAUGUGUUUGUCAAAGCAACCCACUGUCUCAUGUGAUCUUUAUUAUGGCCUACCAAAAAAAAGGGGCUCUGUGCAGUUGACUCUAGUGUACUGUCUUCAUACGAGACAAAUGUUUAACAUGCAUAGGACUGCACUGUAUCACCCACACCUUCCACAUUUGUGCUGUAACGUUCACAACCUCACUGCAGAGGCAGAAAAGCGGCGGAGGCGACAACAAUGUAUUAAUUGCUUCCCUUUUUGUUCUGCACUCCCUGCAGAUCUACCUCCAAGGCAACAGUUUUGUUGCACCGAUACUGUAAUUUCUGAGCAACCAAAGUGCGGUAUUUUUCUACUUGGGGAAGCACAUUUAUUUCUUGCUGUACAGAAUGUCAGAAGCACCUCUUGCCUAAUGUCUGUUGAUCAAGUUAUUGAAGGCAACACGCCCUCUGUGCCCUACCACUGCUCCCCUGAGGUUGCUGCUGCUUCUGAAUGAGCAUUCGUUUUCUGUUUUUCAUUGUUGCCAACACAGCUGGCAGUUUAGGCGAAAAAGAGGCCAUCCUUCCACAGCAAAGUUUUCUCCUCUCCAGCAGGUCUCUGCUUCCACAUUCCCCAGUCUGUUAAGUCCCUGCAAAAUCAUUUGCUGAGAAUGGUGCAGUGGAUGGAGUAGGCCUAUUAAAGCAACAGGGUUUCACUUAAUCAAGACUGUUUUAAGUCCCAUUGAUUUCUGUGGUUUAGCAUCGUUAUGUCUGGAUCGAAUCCCGCAUUUGAGCAGUUGUCCUGAAAAGCUCGAAAUGGGAAAGAUGGUUCACGCUGUUUAAUACCUCUGUACAUGCAUGUACGCAAAGGUGUGGGGCGGGGGGAAAGAGGCUACUAUGAACUACCCUCUUCAUGCAGAGAAGCAACAGCUAUUUCUCAACAACAACAAAAUGUGCUGUUUUCAUCAGUCCUAAUAUAAUAGCUACCUGUUCUAUAGCGUUUUUAAGACUUUUGAAAGUGCUUCAUUGGCGCUACCCAUACAACAAUAUAAAUUUUUGGGAUCGCAGUAGUGUGCACUGAGGCUGAAAGAUAGUGGGAUUGCCUAAAAAUCUAUGGCCCUGGUGAGCUUUGACCUGGGUGCUUUGCAGCUCAUUCUCUGGAAGUAAGAAAACCUCUAAAGCUAGAGAAAUAUGGACAGGGUGGAUUUCUUCCCACCCCCCAAGGCUUCUCUAUCUUUAGAAUGUGCCUUUGAAGGAGAGAAAGAAAAAAGCACAAGUGGAGGGCAAAAAGGGAAACAUGUGAUAUUAAUUACUAAAAUAAAUAUAUUAUCAGAGGCAUCAUCUCUGACUUGCAGCAGAAGAAAAAUGAAAAUCAGCAGCUCGUCUAAGAGCUUUUCUUUGCCCUAACAUUUGGUAUCAAGAAAUGAAAAGAAAGCAGUGAAAGACCAUGGGCAUAACCUCACCCACCCUAGAUUCAGUUGGGGUGUGUGUGUGUGUCAUGUCAAGCUCUCCUUUAAGUGAAAUGUCUCCACUGGGUACCAGUGUUUUCUGCCACUAUAAAGCAAACAAAACAGAGGGAAUGCUGAAGAUAGAGAUACACACUAGAGCUCUGAUAUCUGUUGACAGUUGAAAAGCACCAAAAAUAUGCCCACAUCUUACAGCCAUUGUCAAAGCAAUAAACUUGACGCUAAAGUCGUGCUGCAUAAGCAAAGAUCAAGAGCAACGUUCUGUUUUCUAUUCUCCUUAAUAUAUAUAUUUUUCUGGGCUAUGGAUCUUUAUUCACAAAGUGUCAGAAACAAUCCCCACUUGUUUCUCAACUGCUGAGAUAAAGGUAAAGGUAAAGGUACCCCUGCCCGUACGGGCCAGUCUUGCCAGACUCUAGGGUUGUGCGCUCAUCUCACUCUAUAGGCCGGGAGCCAGCGCUGUCUGCAGACACUUCCGGGUCACGUGGCCAGCGUGACAAGUUGCAUCUGGCGAGCCAGCGCAGCGCACGGAAACGCCGUUUACCUUCCCGCUAUAAAGCGGUCCCUAUUUAUCUACUUGCACCCGGGGGUGCUUUCGAACUGCUAGGUUGGCAGGCGCUGGGACUGAAUGACGGGAGCGCACCCCGCUGCGGGGAUUCGAACCGCCGACCAUGCGAUUGGCAGGUCCUAGGCGCUGAGGUUUUACCCACAGCGCCACCCGCGUCCCACUGAUAUGCUGAUAUGGCUUGCAAUCUAAGAUACAGUGACAUGUUAAUGAAGUUCACAGAAGGAAUGUUUCCUACCCCUUCUCUCUCUGCAGCCUCUUCUAAGAGUUGGGUGUGGGGUCCUGAACAAUGUGGGAUACAGCACAAGGGGUUGCUAGUGGAAGUUGGAGUGGGGAAUUGUCCAAAAUUGAAUGGAGGCACACCCAAGCUUGGGCCCUUGUCUUCUUUUCCAGCAGCUCCCUUCACCCCAACCCAGAUUUGUUCAGGAGGGCCACUGAUCCUCUGGAGAGACUUUCUGGGAAAUGGGGAUAGGGGCUGCAGUGGAGAGAAUGGAAGCGAACAUUUCCUUUGACGACCUUACUUAUGUUUACCUUAAUCUUAGCAAUUAAUAAUAAUAAUAAUAAUAAUAAUAAUAAUAAUAAUAAAUUAUUUGUACCCCGCCCAUCUGGCUGGGUAUCCCCAGCCACUCUGGGCGGCUUCCAACAAAGAUUAAAAAUACAUUAAAAUGUCACACAUUAAAAACUUCCCUGAACAGGGCUGCCUUCAGAUGUCUUCUAAAUGUCAGGUAGUUGUUUAUCUCUUUGACAUCUGAUGGGACGGCGUUCCACAGGGUGGGCGCCACUACCGAGAAGGCCCUCUGCCAAUUAAUGUAAUAAUUGAAAUGGAUAACUUCAAGGAAUAUCCACACACAUACCACAUUGCUCAUAGCACUGAGAAAUAAACAUCCAGAUUAGGAAUUUUCAGUCUCUUCCACUCUUGUAGCUGGUUAAUGUAAAGUGUUUCCUUAUUAACAGAGGCCCUUAAAUAAUUGUCCCUUCAGCUUGGCUGUAGCUUUGCCAGCUGUAAUGACUCUUGCCUGGUAUUCAGCCCAGAAUAUUCAUUUCACCAACAGAAAUUGGUGUUAAUUUUCCAUUCUGGAAACCUGGAUUACACACAGUGACUUUUUCUUUAAUAGGAGUGUAGAGGGGGUUAGGGGCAGAGUGUCCCAGAUGAUGAAUGGGAAGAAGACAAUAGCCUCCCCUCCUCAGCUGACCAGACAGCUGUCUCUUUGUGUUCUAUGCCUGGGUGUAUGCAAGAGGGUGGUGUGGUUGCACCCACCACUGGUAUCUGGCCUUGGAGGAUUGGCCCAAGGGUGAAUGUUGUCCUCAAGUCACCUCAGGACUAGAAGGGCCUUCCUUGGCAAGGAGAUCCAGAGUUUGAGGGCAAUCAAUGAGAAGACCACCUAUCAAAUUCCUACCCAAACACUUCAGGUGUUGAUGGAACAGAAAGAAGAGGCUCUCUCAGAGUUCUUACAACCCAGACAGGCUUGCAUGGGAGAGCACAAUCUUUUAGAUAACCUUAGAAGUGGUGCACUUGGGUCCAGAAAGCAAAAUGAGCUUUGCCCUGUAUUUACAUGCUCAGUCUGAGAGCUGGCCUGAAGGGAGUUAUACUGCAGAGUCCCAACUCAUAUGUUCUUUAAUAGCAUUCCAUUUUUUAAGUAGCUGUUCCUGGUUCCAUUUAUGAUAAUAUUUUAGUAGAAGAGGGUGGCUAAUAAAAAUGGGUAGUUAUAUGAACAUUGGAAAUUAUGGCAGUAAUGCACUUUUUAAAAUAGCUUUUCCAAGCCGUAGCAUAAACUAGCUUAGACAGUUGACAUUAGAGCUGAAAUAACAUAUAUCAUGUGCUGCCACGAUGAAGCAUAUAUGAGCAGUGAGGAACAGAUCUCUGCAAGGCCUGCUGCACAGCACAAGAUAAUAUUUUAUUUCAUCUUUCCACCUAUCAGAAAUAUAUAUUUUUCAUGAAUGUACACAGGUCUUUUUCACUCGACUAUUUAUGCUCAACAGAGAGUAUACAGCUACAUUUAUUUAUUUUGUGUCAGAGGGAGAUAUCAAUUGUUUGUUAUUUCUGUUCAUUGCAAAUUUAAGUAAUAUCUAAUGUACAAUUCCCUGAUUUAUUGAUUGACAUUUGAGUCAGAGGUACAUGUUUGGAGAAAAUUGUGAAUCUUACCCUGUGAAAGCUCUCAGAACAGUGGUAUAGGUGUGGUCCUGAAUUAUCCCUCCCUCCAAAGUUUCAGAGUCAGUGUUCAAUAAAUGGUAUAGGAUAUGACUCCCCCCCAAAAAAAUAUGUUGGUCUGAGGCACCAGCUGUCUUUGAUGGACUGGCAUGCUUGCUUAUGAGAAUAUCCAGUGAGAACAAAGGCUGUGAUGUUCUCAUAUCGAAUUUAAUUAUCACAUGAUGGUAACUGCCAAUGAGACCUGGCAGAGAGUUGAUAUAGAACAAAUGGAAACAUUUUCUCCAUUAACAUGAAGCUCGGGAAUAUUGAAUGUCUGUUUCUUUCAUACUGGUAAGUAAGGUUUUCAGUUUAAAUGCAGACAUCAUGAUAAUUGCAUCCAGACCUAUAUAUUUUGGCUUCAUAUACUUCAACAAGACUUGCUCCUUGUGUAGUAUUCCAGCCCCAGUUAAAUUACGCUAGGAUGAUUUAGUAAGAUGGCCAUUAAAAGCAACAGCUAAAACAAUUUUAGAAUAAUUAGCUUUUAUUUGGCUAGGUUGAAUAGUGCUAGGUUGUUUUAUUUGGCAAUUAGAAGGAGCAGGUUAUUAAAAAGCACCUAAUCUAUGAACAUUUAUAUCCGCAUGUUAAAAUGAUACUGUAGAUAAAACAUGUUAAUAAAAGUAUAUUUUUCCUAAUGCAUUGUGGGAUAAUGAGCUGCAUUGGAGUUUGUUAGAUGAUGGUAGUUGUUUUUUUAAAAUGCAGAGUGCUGUUGUAGCUUGACUAAUGAAAACAGUUUCCCAUGAAUAUUAAAUAAGUAAAUGGAGGCCAUGGAAGAACCGGGCCUGGGUCCGGUGUGUGUGUGUGUGUGUGUGUGUGUGUGUGUGUGUGUGUGUUUCUGUAGAAUCCAAGUAUGUAAUAGCACUUCUAAGCUUAACCAUCCAACCAACCAUGGCAGCCGAUAUGUUCUGUGUAAACUUAUUCUAUAGGACCUUUAGAAGGAGGCUUUGGUUUAGCACAGGGCUUUAUGGGGUGGGGGGAUGAAUGGAGAGCUGAUAGAAUUUUACAUGCAGGGCUGAGUAAGUGCAGGAAAGCCACAGUAAGCUAGUGGGCACCAAACCCAGGUUCUUGAGAAUCUCAGCUUUUGUUUAUCUUUCUCCAUUUUAAAAACGAAGUCUUUAGCCCUUAUGGUGAUGAAUAUACACUUGAAAGAGUGCAGUGCUAACUAGGGGUGGCAGCAGGGGGUUUCUUGCCAACUCUACAGCCCUGCUGGCCAGGGUGGAACAUGGAUGGAGGUGGUGGUAGUUCUCCAGUGUCUUGUGGUGCCAACUCCAGGCUAGUGAAGCAGAGGGGCCUGGAUUAAACCCUUUACUAGGAAAUGGGAUGGCGGUUUUAUCCUACCCAUGACUUAUGAUAACUUAUGUCAGCAGCAACACUGCUGGUGGGCAGGGUGUGCAUUUCUUUCCACUGUCACAGAUCAGGGGUUAGCAUUGCUCUGAAGAUCUGUGAGCAAAGUCUGCAGAAACACCGUAAAACUGAAUCAGGUGUUGAAUUUCUAGUGUGGUGGAGGUUGAAGCUGCAGUCUCGGGGAGAAUCUGCUGCGGAUUUUCACUGUAUAUGUAGGUUUGCUCUCUGUGCAGCUUGAGAAAAUCCCCGUUAAAGUGUUGAAUAUGCUUGUAUGGAACUCAGUUGUGUAGGCAGAUACAAGAUGAAGCCAAAGAACAUCGGUGUUAACGUUUCCUGCCUUUCAUGCAACAUGUAGCUCUUUGGAUGAGUGACACUUGGCAAGAAACUGACAGCUAGAGAGUUUAUUCGGAAAGAAUGUAUGGCUUUGCUAGGACCUAAAGUACCACAGCAGUGAUUAAGUGAUUACUCCAGACAUCAUGCACUGACGGAGUGCCAAGACCUGACAGGUGCCAGGUUGUAAUCACAAUGUAAACAGCUGCGAAACUAGCACAUCUUCGCUUGUUGUUGCAAAGAUGUCGGCUUUCUUAGUGCAUCUAUUAACCUCAGAAAAGGUAGAAGGACAGGUGCUCGAGAGGAUGCAGAAAUACUGGGAAUUACUGUAUUCCAAUCCUUUUCUCAUAGCAUAAAGGCCUUUGAGUUUGUCACACAACUGAAUAAAAAUAAUCCAACUGAAUCCAGAUCUGUUGUAUAUCGCACCAGUUAACAGUUCUACUGAAAUGUCUUCUAACCCUUCCAACUAUGAUUCCAUGGUAUGAUAUGAAGCUAACUUUGUUAAUUUGUCCAUGACACUAAUACGAACAUUUUGCAGCAACUGAAACGCUGAUGAAAGACUGAAAUUCUGCUGCUGUUAUUAUUUUGUUGUGUUGUUGUCAUUAUUAAUAAUGAGACUGCUUGGGUAUCUUCACAGGUGAUGGCAGAGAACGGAUGGAAAAUCAGUUUUUGUUAAUAGCCAAAUAUCUUCUCUUUGCAGGUAUAACACCUUACCAAGCAGAAGAACACUUAAAAAUUCAAGAUUAGUGAGUAAAAAGGAUGAUGUCCAUGUCUGCAUCAUGUGUUUACGUGCCAUCAUGAAUUACCAGGUAACGAAACUUUAGUUCUUUUGGUAACUUAUUUCAAUGGGAUGGAUUGUGUUCCUUCCCUCAGUAAAGGAAGCAAGUGUCCAUGCUUAUAAAAAUGUAGUGGGCUGAGUCAUAUGGGCACAAAAUAUUAUGUAAAGCACUAUAACUGAAAGCUUUGGAGAGAAAACAAAAAUAGUGGUUAUCCCUGUGACUCCCACUACUGAUAAUUAAUAAAGGCUUGUCUCUAAGUCAUACUCAUAGUAGAUUGAAAUAAAUAGAUGUAGGUUUUUCAUGUCCAUUGAUUUAAUUGGGCCUACUAGGAGUAUGACAUAGUAAUAUAAAACAUGGCAGAUCAACCAAGCAUUCUGCAACUGAAACUGGGUAAAAAAGUUGGCAUUAAUUCCUGACAUGGUCAGGAUGCAUUCUUGGUGGUGUUAAUAGUCAAUUGGUAGGGGGAAACAAAGCAGACUUGGAUUGACCCUGAGCUGAAUUGGACAACCUACAAACUGCUUUGGAUUAAGGUGGGUUGCUAUCUAAACACCAAAUCAGAAUUCAGACUGAAUCUUGUGGUCUGAAUGUAUAGGAUUGCCACGUGUCCUCUUUUUCCAUGACAAGUCCUCUUUUUCAAGGUAAAAUUUCUUUCCGGGAAGAUUUUUUAAAUUUGCCAAAAUAUCUCUGGCUAUACUUUCUGGCUGAGACAUAGACUUAACUGGUGGUUGAAGACUUGUUUUCCUCUUCUCCUGCCCCCCUCAGCAAUAUAUCACAGUCUCUAUAGCCUACCUAUAGUAGGGGUAUUUAAAAUGAGAGUCGUCAUAGUGUCCUCUUUUUUGCUUCUCAAAAUAUGGCAACCCUAACAUCAUAUAGAUACACUUGCCGAAAAGCCUGGAUUGGCUCUAAUUCCCAGUUUAAUUCAGUUACAUUCAGUAGCAAACUUGCGCUCACUAUCAAGAAAUGAGUGAAGUUGCCCAGGUUUGUGGAUUUUUAAUAAAGAUAAUAAUGCAUUCCAAACACUGAACUCUUAUUUCCAAUUUCUAUUUUAGUACGGGUUCAAUAUGGUCAUGUCGCACCCCCAUGCUGUUAACGAAAUUGCACUAAGCCUGAACAACAAGAAUCCCAGGUAAAAGGCUCCUCUUUUGUGUUGGAAAUUUUGUGUGUGGCGAUGAUUAGUUUUUCCUGCUUGAAGUUGCUCUGCGAGAAACCCUUCAUUUGCAUAUGCUACAGUCCCUGAUUAAUUCCUCCUUCAGCUGGUUUGCUUUAAUCUAAAGUUGCCAUCGCUUAACUUGACACAAACAACUCUAUGACCCGCAGAGGUACUGAGCAUUUGCAACAUCUUGCUUGAAGCUAAUAGCAGGGUCAUUCUUUUGAAGCAGCAGCUGAAUAUUAAAGAAAUAUUAUUCUCAGAUGCCGUCACAUCCAUCUUGCGAAAGCUGAGUCAUCACAUUGCUCUAAUUGAUUUCUCUCUUCCUUUGCGCAGAACAAAGGCGCUGGUCUUAGAACUGUUGGCAGCAGUUUGUCUUGUAAGAGGAGGGCACGAAAUCAUUUUGUCUGCCUUUGAUAAUUUUAAAGAGGUAGGUUGCUCUUGUUUCAUCAGAGAUUGCCAUGUGCCUUGCACAGCUGCUUUGGAUAAGGUCUGCUGGAGCUCAGCGGCUCAUCUUUAUUUCAUGAGGCCCAGCCUGAGACUAAUAUAGCUGUUCAUACAUGUGCAUCAUGGGGACACAUUUCAGCAUGCUUAUCUCACGCUGCUUCUAGUGUGGUGAACAUUAGCCUCCAUGUGCAAAUUAGUUUGUGACACUAGUUCACACUGAAUCUAGAAGCAGGAUCCUAAUUAAUGUCAGAUCGCCGUGGUUCAUACUACAUAGUAUCAGCAUCAAGCUUUUAUUUUGGUCACAGACCAGCAUAAGAUAAAACUUACGGAUAAAGUGAACACUUAAGACUUAAAACAAGUAAGGGAUAAAAACUGGUAGUUAGAAGGUGAUUAUAUCAUACAUAACUUAAAAAGAUAAAAACGAGGACAAAUGGUUAAAAGCAAUUAUAAAGAAGGGAGUGUGAAGGAGCACAGGUCUUGCAUUUUGGGCCUAUAAUACAUAACAUUGGCUCACAACCCCUUGCAAUGCAGGAAUAUGCAGCAGUCCCAUAUGGUGAUCUAACUUGCAACCUUGGCCAUUAUCAGCACCAUGCUGCAACUGAGCCAGACCCUACAAUUCCAUGACUCUAAGCAGUCUUAUCUAUUUCUCCAACCUUGCAAAUAAAAUCCUUGACCCAUCUGACGGAUCUUUCCUCUGCACUGCUCCCUCCCUCCCCCCUCCUUUCUUUCCACCUCCCUCUCCCUCUCCCUUAUUUUGCCCCACUUCCUUCACUGGUAGGGAUUUUAUUUUCAAAACAAGCCAACAUGUUUUGCCCCACUGUUGUUUAAAAACCUUCAGAGGUCAAAUUGACAAAAACAGCCCACAGAGUUCUCGGGUAAAUAUCUCUCUCAUUCACAUUAGCUGUCGCCAGUUAAAUGAUAAUUGGCCAAAACACAUUGGGCUGUUUUGUAUAUAAAAUCCACAUAUUUUUAGCACAUUGAGUUAUGUUUCUUUUAAUUUGGGGGUCUGUAGUCCAUAGACAUCUGGAGGGCCCCAGGUUUCCCAUCCCAGGUCUAAACAGAUCAACCUAAUUAGCAGGUAACAUUGUGAAACAUAUACUUUACCAUUUUAUUAUUAAAUUUUCUGUAGAAUUGUGAACUUGGAAGCCCUCUAUGGAGAUAGUAGUAGGACAUUGACUGGUCCAUAGAUGGCUGUGGAGUCACAGAGAAGCAUGAGGGAUGUAGUAGUGUGAGUAGAACCCCUCCCCCCCCACCAGUGCUUUUGUAGUAAGAAAUGGAAAUAUCUGGAAAAUACACACAAAAACAUUAAACAGUGUGAUGUCCAGUGGAACUGUGACUGAACUUGAGCAGCUGCUGACCGAGCAAGAUGCUUCCCCAGCUCUCUUGCAUCCAUCCAAGAAAUACACAUUUAAAAUUUAUUUCCUCCAUUUUUAUCCCUCUCUUCGAACUCGAAGGGUUCCCAGAACUGCAUGCAAUUGAGAGUUGCACUAAAUAAUUAUAGUGUGUAGUUAUUAUAGGGUAUAGUAAUAGGCAAUAAUUUUGAACGGGCAGAACAGUAAAACCAACUAUUAGAGCCAGAGCCAAGUUAAGUUUAAGACUGUUAAAACAGUGGCUAAAAAAAAUAUAAAAAAAUUUAAAGUCAUAAAUGCAGGCCAAACUCAACACACACACACACACACACACACACACACACACACACCACUCAAUCCAGGAUCAUUUCAAAAAUGGAGGGUAAACUAGAGUCUUCAGUCUAAGGAGGGAGUACUCUGUGACAACUUCCUGUCAAAUUGCCUUUUAAGAAUGAAGACAGAAGCUGCUCAUUCCCUUUUGUGGGACAUAGAGGUCUGAGCUAGGUAGGGAGUAUGUGAAUUGGUGAGUGGAAAGGAGGUGUGUGUUUGAGGCUGUGCCUGAAUGCUGUGGGGAGGAGGUAUAAGAGGCGAAUGUGCGAGAGAGAUUAGAGUUCUUCUCUGCUGCCGUUUGUUGUUUCCAUUCGGGGCAGAAGGACCUCCUGUGAUCUCAUUAGCGAAUUGUGACAAAGGCUUGAAUCUGCAGCAUAUUUCCAUUUUUAAGAUAGGCACACACACACACACACUUGGUUUUUGCUAAGUUCAGGCAGCAGUGCAUAAGGAAUACAUUCCUUUUGGAAUGCAUCUGAGAACCGAGCUGUCGUGGCUCAUAUAAAAAUAAUGAUUCACCUGUUUCAAAGGAUAUAGAAGAGCCUUUGGCGCUAAAGGGAUUUUUUGUGCUUUCUGUUUUGUCUGCUCUUGUUUCCUAUACUGUUCUUUCAUUUUAGUGCAAUCCUCACCAUAUCUACGCAGAUAUUAUUCGCACUGUAUUCAAUGGGUCUUAACUCCCAGGGCAGUGGAAUUAGGAUUGUAGCCUUAGUUGUCCUUGAGAAGAGCUAUGCUUCAUCCAGUUUGAAUACCAGCAUGCUCUUUCCCCCAGUUCCAGGCUUAAUAAAUGACGUUCAUUACAAUCCCAGCACAUUGUUUGGCCACUGUGUGUCAAAAGAAAGUUCCCCUGCACUGCAUUAAAAUGAUAUAUGAAGGUCUGUUAUCUGAUAUUUACGAGCAGCUAAAUGGGACAGGAAGUCAGGCAGACAUAUUGAGCUGGUUCCAGUAGUUUAAUCUAGUUUAAUCCAGCCUCUAAAACAUCCUGGGAUACCAAGUUUACAGAUAUAUUGCAGUUACAUUAAAACUGGAGUAUGGGUUGAUCUUCAUUUUUUAAAAUUUAAUUUUUAUCAUCAUUAUUUUGUACAGAACAACUCUUCUGAAGAGCAGCUAUACAAUAUAAAUGGAUGGAUGAGUCGGGAUUGUUAGCAUUCUCUUCAGUUUAAGGGAGGCUGUAUUUCUCUCUUUGUGUUAUAUGGGAUCAAAUUGGGUUUUAUUUAUAAGAAAUGAAUUGUAGCUACCAUCCGUCAUGCACUAAAUUGUCUGACAGUCAUAUUUCAGACUUAACUCUCUCCCCCCCCCACUUCCAAGUUGGUUUGUUUGCUUAUCAUGUUAUAUCUCACCCUUCCUCCCGAAGGAGCCCAGGGUGGCAAACAACAAAACCACAAAAUAACACAAUUAAAUUUAAAAAAUUUAAAAAUAUUUGAAAACAUUUAAAAGCAUCCAGAUAUCCUAAACAGCAAAUGAUUUCCAGAUUACCAGGAACAGUAUCUUCCAGACAUCAAAUGCCUGGAUAAGCAGGGAUGCUUUUAAAUUCUUCCUGAAUGUUAAUACUAAAGGCAGACAGGCUCAUCUCUCUAGGGAAGGCUUUCUGUAAAUGGGGAACUGCUACCGAGAAGGCCCUGUUGUGGACCAGCCUAAUGCAGUCUCACAAAUUGAAAGCUUGAAGAGAGCUCUACUUGUAGAAGGGGCAUGCUUAAUUCUGCCACUUUUAUUUGGGAGGAAAAGCAGCCAUACAGAAAUCAAUGUCUGCACUCUUAUUUGCCCCCAAAGUGCAGAUGGAAGGGAGUAUUUAUGGUCAGGAAACCAGAUCAAUGCCAACACAAAUCAAGAAUGUGGCCCUGGAUUGGGGCUUCAUAGGGCUGAAUUCUUUUCAGAAAAACCAGUGAUGGUGUUAAACAUGCGUUUUUAAAACCUGUGAUUGAAAGGACUGGUGAAAAUGCACCUCAUCAUGUUCCUUGGUUAGUCUGGCCGAGGCUACAAUUCUAAAUAUGCUCACUUGGAGAAAAAAAUCCAUUGAAAUCAAUGGGGCUUACCAACAAGUAAAUGCAGUGUUAUGGCAUCAGAAUUUUGGGCCUCUGAUAGAAAGCUGUGAAGGAUUUAUUGUUAUUGUUAUUAUUGUUGUUAUUAUUACUUUUUAGUGAGCUUGAGGAUCAGUGCUUGGCAAGUGAACUGUGGCUGUUUAUUUUUCAUUACUUUCCCUCCUGCAGGGUCCAUUGUUGAACCCCAGACUCUUACAGAGAUUAAUAGAGGUUCAAAUUUAUGUAUCGUAACUCAGGAGGAGAAUUUUAUUGCAAAUAAGAAGCCAGUUUCAUUCUUACUGGUCAAUUCAGCUAUUUAAUUUUAUAAGUAACAGCAGGACGUGUUGGAAAACAUGAGCCAAUCGUCUUUGCCUGGAGAUGUAAUCUGUAAAUGAUGUUAGCCCUCGUGGUGUGUGUAUUAUUUUUAUUCCAAAGUAUUUUCAGCCUAGUAAACAUUAAAACAACCAUUUACUUAAACAGAAACUUGCAAGAAAACUGGUCUUUUGUUCCCCCAACAAUCUGUAAGCUCGCAAUGCCAGUCUGGAAGAAACACCCUCCCAAAAUAGUACUACCCUGGAGUGAAAUGGGUUGAUUACACUAGACCAUUGUACUAAGAAGAAAAAGAAGUCAUUGUGACCUCUGGGUAGUGGGAGAAAAAGAAAGAAAGCAGAACAAUUAAGAGAGUGUGACUUGAAGGUUUAAACGCAUAAGCAUAUUAAAAGUUAGAUCAUAUUCAUGGUUGCCUCCUGAUUCCCCUGCCUUAAGGAGUUCACUCUGAAUUGAAUUCUGUGUCUUAUUCUCGCAUUUUCACUUAACUCAAAAGUUCAGCAGAGUCCCAGGGCUUGAUCUGCCUGUUCCAGUUGCCAAUUGGCAAAUGUUCCACAAAUUUUAGAGCAGCUUGCCAGAUGGAUUGCCCUGAUUGUGUAGAGAAUUUCUGUGCCACCAUCAGAAAUCCCUAGCAGUGACUGGGAUGAGCCACAGUUGUCCACCUGAUCGGAGCUCCUGUGAGCUCCGGCUGAAAAAAAGAAAACCCUGGUCUAACGCAGAAGACCCCUCCUGCCUCAGUUCUUAGGGCCUUCACCAAGACUGUGGUCUAAGCUCUGCUUCCUCUGUAGUGCGAAUGGGGAAAGUUUUGCCCUGCAGAUGCUGGUCAGCUCUAACUUCCAACACCGCUAGCAAGCCUGACCAAUUGCCAGGGUUAAUGGGAGCUGUAGUUCAGCAGUAUUUGGAGGGUCCAAUGGUCUCCACACCUGCUGUAGUAUUAACAAUAUGAUUGACUCUGACAUGGUCAAUUAUUAUUUUAAUAGGACAUGAUUGAAGGAUCCUAAGUAAGUCUAGGCCUACAUGCUGUUCAUUUGGUAUCACACAAAUCAUACAUGCUGCAGCAAGAUCAAUGAUCAUAAUGAGCUUAUGCUAAUGGCAAAGCUUUCCACUAGGUUUACCACCUUUUUUUUUUUUUUUUUUACAGCUCCUGCUUCUAUACCUUUCAGAGCAACCUAACCUGUUAUAAUUAUACUGGUGAACAGUUUCCCUGUCAUAGUUUCAGUGGUUUAAUUUCUCUGUGUUAAGGUGUUGUUAAAACCCAAAGGAGCAAAGCAAUGAAAAAGUUGCUGUUAUGAGGAUUAACUUGCCUUUGUAGAUGCAAGAGCAAAUAAAAGAGGUGCCAAAUUUGGUUACUAAACAGGACCCCACCCCUGUUAAAUUAAAUAGUGAUUUUCCAUGUUCUUUUGUAUUUUAGAAGCUUAUAGUGGUUAGGGUUGCCAUAUUUCACAACAGUGAAAAUCCGGACAGAAAAGUUGUUGAACUUCUUUGGGCAAAGUUGUUGAGCUGUUUUUGGCAACAUCACAAAAGAAAACAAACGUUUUCGAGCUAUUUUAAAGGAAAAUCGCCAAAGGCGACACUGGGUUGCCAUAUGUCUGGAUUUUCAUGGACAUUUUAGCAAUUUCUGCCCAGACACUGCUUCUGACUGCAGUAUUCUGGAUAUGUGGUAUCAGAAUAUCUACUUGACUAGUUCAGAACUUCCAUUUAAAGCCAAGAGGUAUUCAGCGGUGUUUUUAGUACUCCCUCUAGUGUACAGAUGUAUAACGGAACCUCUCUGCAAUUCCUUUCCAGGUUUGUGGGGAAAAGCAGAGGUUUGAGAAGCUGAUGGAACAUUUUCGAAAUGAAGAUAACAAUAUAGAUUUCAUGGUGAGUGUUGUAUGUGUCACCUUAUGUCACUUUGGAUCAUUGUUAUUGUUUACUUUUAAGUGUAUAUUUUGCGUAUAAAUUGGGGGUUUCAAAACUUUCUGCAGUGGGCCUACCUAAAGAGGAAAAAGAAUUUUUCAGCUUUACCCAGAUUAACAAAGACAAAAUGAAUAUGGUUUUGAUGCAUAAGUAUUCAGCAUGAGCAGUCCUUUGCAGCAGCACAUACCACUCCAUCCAUGAGAGUCUCCUGCACCUCAUGAUCACUUUUUGGGAGGGCUGCAGUGGGGAGAACAGAAGGGAAAGCCUGGUCUAUAAGCACCAUUCUGAGGACCCAAGCUUAUGGGCCCACUUGCAAUGCUAACCCUCAUUUCUAGGGCCAUGAACAAUGGGGCUCCAAGGCAAAGACCGUGUGGGAAAUGCAAUAGGCAUGAGCAAUAGGAGUUGUUUCAUUGCUCCCCAAGCAGUGCUGCAUGCAACACACUCUUUUUUACUUAAUCAUAGGAUAUAUUUCCUUGGUGAUCUCUGUGUUUCUUUGCUGUGUGUCCUAAUGGGAAAGCUUGAUUGGCUCCAGUUAUCGGUCCUAGGCUGCAGUUUUGAAAAUUUUAGGAUUCAGAAAAAGUGUGUAAGCCAGGGGUAACCAAUAUGUUCAUCCAGAUGUUGAUGAACUACAGUGCCUGUCAUCGCUUCCCAUUGGCUGUGCUUACUGUGACUGAUGGGACUUGUAGUCCACAAGUUGUGGAAAGCACCAUGUUGAUUACCCCAACUUAAAAAGUCACCAACUUAAAAAGUGAUACUGCCAUGGUCUGGGAAGGCUUAUUUUAAAGUAAGGAACAGUGUUAACUGAGAGGGGAAAUGAAGUAAAUAUUUGCCGUCUACAGCAUGCUUAUGCCUCAUGAACCAAAGCAUAGAUGGGGAAGUGGCAUGCUAUUCCUCUUCCUGUUCUACAGACAAAUGUUCCACUUCCAUUUUACCAGUUUCCUUGUUCCUAGUUUAGUCACUGAUCCCCACAUCCCCUUUUACUGAGAGAGAAAAUAGACACUGAGAACAGACAGCGCAAGUGAACUAUAUGUUCCAGCAUGAAAUUAAAAGGCCACAAGAUAAGUUUGGUCACUGAACCCAUCUGUGCUCUCUUACCACAUAGAAAUUUAUAUGAAGGCACCAGGGUUUAGCACUUUGAAAGGGUAUUCUCUGGUGUGAGAAGACCAACUUUGGAUCAUUUAGGCAAUGCAAUACUUUAAAAAUUCUAGAUGUUACUAAUAAGGAAAGGCUGGUGUUUGGCAGCAGAAGCUACUCCUCUUUCUCACAAGGAAGGAGCAUGUGUGUGCAAGGGAGCAAGGCACGUUUGUCCUAGAAUCCUCUCUAAUCUCCUGCGCUGACCAUCACUGAGCAAGGAUCCCUUCAUCAGUGUUCCAAAGCAAAAGAGAGUAUGUGAACCAGCCCUUGUAUAAAUUAAGAAUACAAGAUUAGUUGAAUCACCUAGUCCAGCACCCUACUUUCCACACUGGCCACCCAGAUGCUUCUGAAAAGUCCACUAACACAGAAUACCAGCAGUCCUUCCUGACUUCAUAUCCUCUUCCAGCUGGCAUUCAGAGGUUUAUUGCACCUGAAUCUGGAGAAUCUAUUCCCCUGUGAGCCAUGUUUGACAGGUGGACGGGGCUUUCCACCUGUUAAUCACAAUGACACCAGGUGCCUGUGCGGAUGGUCAGCUGAUUGUCACUUGCCAAGUGUUGUGUGUAGUGCACAGGCCCUGACAACCAACUGAUUGUCGGGGCUUCCAGAGUGCUAUGCAAAUCCCCUUUGGCUCAGCUUUGUCUUUUCCUCCCUGCAUCUGACAUCAUCAGUUGUAGGGGCAGGAUGGCAUGGCUUGGUCAAUCAAACUCUAAGGCCAAAUGGGGAGACCUGGUGGUCCCAAGUAGGUGGAGAUGGCAGGGCUGGCUUGCUGUCAGAUUUAUCCCUAAGUACUUCCCUCGAAAGAGGUGGCUUCUCACCGGCAGGUGAAAAACAUCUGAGCCACCUCAGCUGGCAGUGACAUUGAGCUUGGGAUAUCCCAUGACACUUAGGUGUGCUAUUCUCUUGACCGCACACUCAGCCUUCCCCUGGAUCUAAGACUCCUCUUGGGAUUCCUGAUCACCACCCCCAGCUCAUUAGGACCUUUCCCCCGGGUUGAACUCCUCCAGCCCCCCCUUCUCCACCCCCCCUUCUCCACAAGACUCAUGAUAGACUGUUGUACUAACUCAAGUACCCUUUUUAUGCAUGGUCAUAUGAUAUAGCGUGCCUUUAUAAACCAUGUAAACUGCUUGCAAAAGGGAAGUAAGAGAUUUUAAAAAACCCCCACUGUAGAAUAUUUUUAACUUUUUUGGGCAGCUAACAGACUGAUCAUCUGCAAGGAGGAGAAAGUGGCGACGUCUAGUUGACUCACCAGCCACAGGGCUCUUUCUGUCAUGAAUAAAGCCCACAAGUUCAGACUGUGAGCACAAGUGGUUAGUUUCAGUGAAGAGGAUGGAGGGGAACAUAGGAAGUGGUCUUGCAGUAAGUCAGCUGGUCCAUCUAGCUCUGGUUUGGCUGCACUGACUGGCAGAAGCUCCCUGCAGAGAUCUCUGUGGAUGCCAGGGAUUUUGAAUGAUUGCAUUUCCUCCAAGAUUGGGCUUGAAAGGAAGGAGAUAAGCAACGGUAGGGCCCGGGCACAGCACUUAGAGUUAGGGCUCAUCCAUUAGAGUGAAUGGGACCCCGCCCCAACAGCCUCAGAUCACACUCUGCCAACCCCCUCCUGCCUCCUCUUCCUUACUUACAACCAGUCCGGGACACUGGCUGCCAGCUUUUUCCUCCUUUGUCUGAACUCCUUUAUGAAACUCAGAGGAGGAUGGAAUCAAACCUAGAGUUAGUUGGCUUCAUCUGCCUUUGUCUCUGGCUCCACCUGGUGUUGGUCAGCCUGUCUCCCACCCUACCAAUCCCAGUGGGCAUCUGGUACCACUGCGUGGCAGAGACUCCAGAGAAACAAAUCAAAGAACAUCCCAUUCUGAUAGGCACCGAAGGUAAAAGAUUCAGUGCAAUAGAAAGCAAUACAUAGACAGGCAGGGAUCACUGGUUUCGAGAGAGAGAGUUCAUUGUGAGAUGCAGUGCAGUUGCUCUGGGAAGAAGCUCUUCACCAGGCUUCCUCAACCUCAGCCCUCCAGAUGUUUUGAGACUACAAUUCCCAUCAUCCCUGACCACUGGUCCUGCUAGCUAGGUAUCAUGGGAGUUGUAGGCCAGAAACAUCUGGAGGGCCGAGGUUGAGGAAGCCUGCUCUUCACCAUCCUCCCCUUUUCAGGAGUUGUUGAAAGGCUGGGGACAAUGAGAUCUGACCAGUUAAAUUAGUCCCAGCUGAACCUCAACUGUAGGUGCUUCAAGCAGAACUGGUUACUAAACCCUUCCCUGUCUUAGGGCAGAAUAAACUGUCUGCCUUUUGCAAAAUAGCAAGAAGCAUUUUAAGAAGCAUUUCUCCUUAGAGUGCACUUUUGAGAUCUGUUUUUGCAUUACAUCUGGGAGUCAAGACUUUUGUUCAUUGUGAAUAAAGUUUUGGGUCAUUUACAUUAAGCCCCCACCUUCCCCCCAAUGACAUAAAAUGAAAUAAUUAUGCAGAAGGAGCCACUUGAGAAUUAAUGGCACAUGGGCAAAAAGAUCAGCUAUGUCUGUUGCCAUCUGGUGUUUAACAAAAUCUGCAUGUCGCUGGAAACCACCUGUGGGGCAUGUGUUUCAAGAGGUUUGAGAGAGGAACUAGGUUGAGGAGGAAAAGAACCAGUGUCUGGUGGCCUUCCAUGACUGGUUUCUGAGCCCGUCUGCAUUGGGGGAACCAUUUCUGUUCCUUGUAUUUGCUGGUUGCUUAUUAGCAGAACAGAAGCUAUAUUUGUCAUAACAGUGUAAAAAAGGGUCAAGCAAGGCUCCACAGCACUUCUUGAAACUUGAGCAACUGAGACCUGACGUAAACAGAAUGAUCACUCUAAGCUGCUGACCUUUAACUUGACAUGACACCUGGGCAGAAGAAUGGGACCCCCCCCCAAAAAAAACUUUCUGGAAUAAAGAAAAAUUGAAAAGGCAUUCCUAGACACUGUUAGUGUGUGAAGUGCCAUUUUAAAAUGAUCCAGAUAUUUUGCUUCAGUAAACUAUAGCUCAUGAUCCUUAAAUAUGUGCCCCAUUCAUGUGGAAAUGAGUGUCAGAGCAUCCAUUUAUUCAGUCCAAAUAAAUUGUUCUUGCAACGCUGGUUUGUAUCAAUCAGAUUUUGGAUUUGUAGCUGGAAUGAAGGGAGAGAAGUAGAGAUAUUAAUGAUGGAAACUUUGUGAAUUAGUGUCUGAAACCAUUCCACCACAUUUGGAUCAGAUAGUGUUUAUAUUUUCCACUGCUGUAGCUCGCUCUAUCUAUCUAUCUAUUCAUCUAUCCAGGAAGCAGGGAAAAUGACUUCUAAUGGGUGACUUCUUUUCAGUCUUCUGCUAUUUGCUUGUGUUAAUGCUACUCUCUCUCUCCCUGUCCCAGUUCACUGAAUGUGUUUAGGCCAGACCUCUUGAAAUGUUCAAAGUGCUGCGUUCUGCAUACAGUACCAUAUUUGUCUGAUUACAGUUCCCAUUCUGAAAUGCACACCAUUCUAGGCACGACAUAUGCAAUAAUUGGUGAGAGGAAUUGCCAUUAAAGAAGAGCUUAAGUUUGCAGUAUACUUUUUUUCCUGUUGGGAAAAAAAAAUUGGGAGUGAGCCCAAUGAAUUCAGUCAGUGGGAUUUACUUCUGAGUAGACAUGUUGUAGGACAUCUCCUCUUCUUCAAGACACAUGCUUCUUACUCAGAAAACUUUAUUUCUAUUUUGUCAAGUAUAAUUCGUUCCCCACCUCCCACAAAUUGUCAGGCAUAAUCUUGAGAUGGUCUUAAGACAUCCAGGUUGCACACAAGGCAGCAAACAUUGCUGCACAUGAUUUGUCCCUGUGCAAAAUGAAGGGUUAGCACUACCAGUUUCCAUUUUUUGAUGGUUCUUGUUUUACAGGUGGCGUGUAUGCAGUUCAUCAACAUAGUGGUUCACUCAGUAGAGGACAUGAAUUUCAGAGUUCACCUCCAGUAUGAAUUUACUAAGCUAGGCCUGGAUGAAUACCUAGAUGUGAGUACUGCCUGCUUUGGCUUGUUUUGUACUUGGAUAUGAUUUUGCUGAGAAUUCAUUGUUACUUUCUGUGUUAAAAAAAGCGAUAGGGAGUUCUUUGCUUUUACUUUACUUUUUUAAAAAAACCACACACAACAAUUGCCAGACAUUAGCCAUACUAAAAUAAAAAACUUCUCACAAAGACAAUCCAAUGAAUAAUCAACCACCAUCAAUACACCCUGAUCCACUGCUUGAGAUCUUUAUGCAGGGGGGGAAAUGAAUGUUUCUCAGUUUUACCCACCUACCUUCCUCCCUUAGGGGUCACCCCUGGAUGUUCUGAAGUAUAUCUUAUAUUUUCCCAUGUCUUAUACUUUUCCAGUAUUUUAUACUUUCCCCACAACGGGAGUGCAGCUCUCAGUCCCCAAAAGGUUGCCCACCCUGUUUGACCAAUGUUUCCCAUGCCAGUCUUUCCUUAGAAAUGUCCAUUCUGCCUUUAGUGCUCAACGAGCUAAAUGCAUGCUCCAGCUGCAAACGUCAGUGUCAUGGGCUCUUUAUAUCAAGCUGUUCCUUGACUGCUCCGAGCCAUGCCAUCUUCAGAAAAAAGACCAAAUUCUCUCACAUGUUUCUGUUGACCGGUGCCUUGUGCUGCUGUUUUUUUUGCUUGCUGAACUUUUGAGGCUGCAACCGGUCCCAAAUAAUAGCCAGCCACAAACCUGGAAGAAGUCAGAAGGGGUUAGUAGAAUCGCCUCUUAACGCUGCAUUUUAUGCACAGCGAUCACCCACUUCCAAUGCCAAGAAAAUGUGAAUGAAGCCAGAUACUGUGCACACUUCUGGUGCGGUGACCUUUGCGCCAAUGGAAUGCUUCUGCCACAGUGCACCUCCACUGUGCUGACCUAACUGCUGAGACAACUGGAUCCAUUUCAGGAGUCCCGGCAGCUCAACACUCUCUCUGCUCCCCUGACUUCUCCUGCUCCCCACUUUCUCCUGCUCAUUCUUUUGAGAAGCAGAGCGACAUACACCGCUCAGACCAAAACUGUGCUGACUUUUGAGGAUUCUAUUCCUUCUGCAUCCCUGUAGUUCAGUUGCGGGAAUCAUACAGUGGUUGCCUUCUUGGCAGCCGUGAGUUAACCACAAUUGUGGAGCUAGAAGAAGCAAAGGAUGACAUGGGCGUAAGUGAGAAACUGCUGUCAAGAGGAAUAAGAAACUUCAAUUGCACACUUGAAAUCCCCCACUCCAGUGUCACUAUAAUAUUUCUAAUUUCCGCUUUAUUAUGUCGUUACCCAUUCCUCUCUCUGCACCCACACCCCUUGUCUUCCUUGAGUUUUGAACACAUUUUUAGCGCUCAACAUAGGAAGCUGCCUUAUAUGACCAAGUCAGUUAUUUGGUCCAUCUAGGUCUGUAUUGUUUGCACUAACUAGCAAUGACUCACCAGUCGCUCUGCUGGCCUGGAAUUUCAGAUGGAGGUGUGUGUGUCUUUCUCUGCCUUCCAUAGAGAAGCGUAUCAAGACCCAGUAUUUCAUCUAGCUCAGUAUUGUCUAUGCAGAUUAGCACUGGCACUUCGGGGUUUCAGACACCAGGGAUUGAACAUGGGACCUUGUGCAUCCAAAGCAUGCACUUCAUUACAGAGUUAGGACCCACCUCCUAGAAUCCAUAGACUUUAUAAUGGGACAGCUGAAUUGUUUAGAAGGACAAUGGGUUUUCUCAGUGCCAUUUUUCUAGAAAAAGAGGUGCCAGAACUCUCCAUGAACACCUCCCUUGUUCUCUCAUAAUGGCAAUGGCGCCCAUCUGAGAGGCGCCGGUACUCAAUUCCAGUGAGUUCUGGCUGGGGAAAAAAAGCCCUGGGUUUUCUUAAUCUACUCAUUGCAGCCAACCUCCCAAAGGCAGGUUGAACUGUGAUCUACAAAAACGUGGUUUGUUCUUCCAGUGAUGUUCACCACGUGCAGCACGUAAUUCUGACCCGGGAGUGGGGAGUGUCCAGUCUUGUGACUUAGAGCUGGAGCUUAGAGUCCCAAAAUAACUAGCCAGUUCCUUUUCAUCUCAGAAAUGGGGAUGUCCAUAAUUGGGUUUGAAAAGCCAAUAUGAGACUGCAGCUGAUAUGUAAUGCUGUGUUGGUUAAAUUGCUUUCUAUAGAAUGAAGUCUGGGCUUGAUGUAUUGUAAUCACAUUGUCUGAACGUUUGCGCCGAUGCUGUGAUAUAAAUUAUAAAAUAAUACUGGCCUCUUAACAUGAAGCAAUGGGCUUUGGUUGGGCUUAUACAGCAAAAGGAAUAUCUUUUUAUUACUUUUUUCCUCUCGUACCUGCUAUGAAUUUGUGGGUACCAAUUACAGUUCUUGUGUCCUAUUUCUCCAUCUUGAAUUGUUUUUCAUUCCUCUCUUCCCAUGGUGCUCUAUUAUUAGGAACUUUUAACAUGGAGACAGAUUUUUUUUGUUGUUGCUUAGAAUUCAGCUGUUCUUGCUGCUUUUUGGCUUUGUUCCAUCGUAUAACAUAGUCAAGAGCUUCUUUCAUGUAUUCUGACAACAAUACUUUGUGUUCCAUAUAAUAUGCUUCUCCUGGUGGUACAGUGCAGCAUGGGGACUAUUUUUCGUAUUUAAACACUCACUUACUCACCAUCCCAAGCUAACCCUUUUGAGUUAUUUUCAUUCAACCUUAGGCUAACAACCCCUCCCCGCUGGUAAGUUCAGUUCAACAAGAAAAACACUUUUGCUGGUAUGGAAAUGCCAUAACAGCAGUGCUCUUAAAAUUCCUUACACAGAGCCACCUUUUAAGUCAGGGUGAAUAAUGUGAUGGGUAUUUUAAAAAGUAACUCAAACAAAUUGCUUUUUUGAGGGAGGGGGGAGGGUUGAUGGUGAUUUGGAGUAGAUCACAUUGCCAAUAUUACGCAUUUAAAGUCCACAACUGAACAAGAUGUGCAUGAUUGACCUUGUUAUCCAGCAGAAUCAAUGGGAAUUGGAGGAGGGAGAAAGAACACACCAUGACAAGCUUCCACUCAUGGUUUGUAACUUACCCUGGUAUGACAACAACAGGAAUGGUGACGGUGUGUGAAGCAGGGACUUCGGAGCACUGUGCACCCAUUUUUUUAUUAACUUAUUAUUAUUACAUUUUAUUUAUACCCCGCCCUCCCCAGCCAAGACCAGACUCAGGGCUGCUAACACCGGUAUAAAAACAAUUGAUUGAAAUACAGUGGUACCUCAGGUUACAUAUGCUUCAGGUUACAUACGCUUCAGGUUACACACUCCGCUAACCCAUAAAUAGUGCUUCAGGUUAAGAACUUUGCUUCAGGAUGAGAACAGAAAUUGUACUCCAGCGGCACGGCAGCGGCAGGAGGCCCCAUUAGCUAAAGUGGUGCUUCAGGUUAAGAACAGUUUCAGGUUAAGUACGGACCUCCAGAACGAAUUAAGUACUUAACCCAAGGUACCACUGUACAACUUAAAAACAAGAUUAAAAUACAACAUUAAAAUGCAGCCUCAUUUCAGUAGGAACUCAAAUAAAAAACCUUUUUGGGGAUGAAAACAUCAAGUCUUCACCAAGGCCAGCUAUCCAGACUGGUCCUACGUGGGCCAGAAAAAAGCCAGGGAAGUCCCCAAAUAGGAGUUCCAUCACAGAAGGAGAAAAGAAGAAAGGAAGAGGGGGAGGGGAUCAAUUUGAUUCCAAGCCAAAGGCCAGGCGGAACAACUCUGUCUUACAUUUGCUGCUCUUUCACGUUAAACCAUAGUUUAUUUUCAACUUACCUGAACCCAGAGGCCUGCAUAUAUAUUGCUUUUAUUAGUAACAAUGAAAUCAACCAUUUUAGCAACAUGUGACUUAUUUAGCGGUGCUAAACGAUGCUGUGCCCCCUGCCCUAUUUUGAUCUUCCAGAAACUGAAACACACAGAAAGCGAUAAGCUGCAGGUGCAGAUUCAAGCUUAUCUGGACAACGUGUUUGAUGUGGGAGCUUUACUUGAAGAUGCGGAAACCAAGAACGCUGCCUUGGAAAGAGUAGAAGAACUGGAAGAAAAUAUAUCUCAUGUUAGUAUUGGCGCUUUAAAAUGUAGACGUUGGGGGGUCUUUCUGGAGGCUGGUUUUUAUUUGGUCAUUCGAUUAUUUAUCUGGGCAUCAAAAUGUGAUUACAAAUGCACUUUAUUUCGUUUAUAUCCAUUACUACCAGUAAAGCUUUUGGUCUUCUAUUAUUUUUAUUGCUACCUUGAGAAGAAAACACACACACUCUUAAAAUAUAGAGGAAAGGCUAGUUUACCUGGAUAAUUGGUUUCCGUGUGAUUUAAUAUUUUUAGUUCAGUCUGCAGUGCUAUGCCUGCUUUUAUCUUGGCAAUGUCACGGACAGCGUGCCUGCAAGACAUCAUUAAACAGACACUUUAAUAUUACUAGGAACUAAAGGAGGCAAAUUCCUGUUAAAGCACAAGAGGUUUGAGCAAUUUCUGUCUGGAAGUUCAUUUAGAGCUGGACUGAAAAAAUGUCCUUGCGAUUUUAGUCUUUAACUUCAGUUUUUGUCCCUGUUCCAAACUGACACAAAUGUGGAAAAAAAUAUUUACCUGCUGUAUAAAUGAUGCUCAAUUUGUGGAUUUCCCAGAAGUGCCUGAGUGAUUACCGUUAGGAGCAGGAUACUGAGAUAAUGGACCCUUUGCCAGAUCUAGCAGGCCUGCUCUUUUUACUGCCUAGUAAACAGGUAGUGAUGUUUGCUGCAGAGGUUUACUAAGAUUUUUUUUGUGAACCAAACAUCUGAUUACUCUCUUAAGUGUUUGUCAUCUCCCUCUCUGGGUUAAUAAAUAUUUAUAAUUGAAACAAUUAGAAAACACUCAUUUUUUAAAAAAAAACAGGGGCUGCAUCCAGACAUAGCCAUCCACAACUGAAAGUGCUCCUUCCGUUUGUGAAAGACACUUGAUCCCAAUGGCAGAAGGGGGAAAGGAAGCCAUUUUGCACCAAUCCUUCCCUGAAGCUUCUGCCCCCUCCCCCAGUCUGGAGGACACUUCAGCCUCCUAGAAGAGAUUUUCAGAGGGUCUGGAGUGGAGCUCUGGAGCUGGUAGGAGCAAAUCUGGAACCAAAUCUCAUAAGGGUACAGCAGGCUUCCUCAACCUCGGCCCUCCAGAUGUUUUGAGACUGCAAUUCCCAUCAUCCCUGACCACUGGUCCUGCUAGCUAGGUAUCAUGGGAGUUGUAGGCCAAAAACAUCUGGAGGGCUGAGGUUGAGGAAGCCUGGGUUACAGCCUAAGUAGAAGUGGUUACAUACUCCCAACUAGAGUUUUAAAACUUACACAAGCAAUUUUGUUAAAAAAUGUUUUUCCUAUUAGGUCCAACUUCAAUAUUAUUAAACUGCAUGUGUGUGUGUGUGUGUGUGUGUGUGUGUGUGAUAUAGAACCAAUGGUGUUAUAUCCAUAUGAAUGAAAACUCCCUAUAUUAAUAUUGCAUGCGUGUGGUCCUUGUUGUUCUCUGAUCAUGUUAUUGACUCAAAACAGCUCUGGAGUAUUUAAUUUCAGCUGAAUUACAAUUCCAGAUGGAAUCACUUGGGAGAGCAGCUUGACCGAGAACUCUUGUUAUAGGUUGGGUGUGUGUGUGUGCUAAUUUACAUAUAAAUUGCAAAUUCCAUGGACACAUGAGGGGGGGGACACAAAUAAGCAGAUCUGUGUUUCAUACCAUAAAAGUGCAUGCAUAAAUCUCUGUAGCUUCCAAGAUAUACAGUACUGUAAGUGUUCGCAAAGCAUAGCUUACAGAUUUAAAAAUGUAUUAGCCGCAGGGAUCAUGCUGGAAUGGGGUGGUGGAGGAGUAGUUGUCCCUACUUAAGAAUUACUAGUUACUAGUUAUAAAGGCAAGAAAAGGCUGUGUUAUAGGUGAUCCUAUCUGAAGUACUUGAACAUGGCAUCACUUGUGCUUGCCCCAUGCCAAAAAAGUAUGUCUCCAAGCGGUUUCCUGCUUGUCCCAUGCUUUUAGGCGUGGAUCCAAGCGGUUUUGUCUUUGCCAUUCUACUUUCCCCUGGAAAACCCACUCUUUGCGUGCCCAGACAGAGACCCCCCCAAGACACCACCAGAAGAAAUAAUGACUCAUGACAACGUGUUAUGGAAUUAAAAUUGGCCACAACUUUAUUAAACCUUUCAGAUGUAGGAAGACCUUGGCUUAGGAAUUGGGGGUAUAUCCCUCCCAGCCCCCCAGCCAGGGAACUGGGGCUCCUCAGGGUUAAAUGGAUCUGGGGAGGGUGCACUGCAAGACGCUUGUGUACGCAGGCAGCCCCCCUCCCCAUUUCCACGCAACGCAGGGGAGUUCACUGACAACCUUUUAGUGCAUGGCCAGUGACUCAACUCAAAACUCCUUUAACGGGGAACCUUGGAAUCGCUGCCGUGUGUGUGUGUGUGACCACUUCAUGCCCUCCCUCCCCCAUUUAGGGAAGAUAGACUAAAGGAUUCCGCCCAAGGCUUAAAAUCGCCACCCGAGACCACAAACUUGCAGUCUCGCCGCCAAGACUAUGUACUCCUGAAAACACAUUAGCGAUCUGACAACCAUUCUUUUAGGCCAUGCCUAAUGUCAUCCAGCCAUCCACUCUGUCGAGUCUGAAAAGUUCCAAUCUGUUGGUUUUAAUGUCCAAAUGCUUCACAACUUGGCCUCCGAUACGCAAGAUUGCCAAGCGGAUGGCCCUGUUAAUUUUUCCCACCGCGUAAUACAACUCAAGCAAACCAGAGGGAAGCCUGCCCAUACAUGGUCCGCUCGGCUUGCCCCGCCCCAGCAAAGCCGCUGAUUGGACAGUUUAAACCAGGGUUUGGCGUGAACUCCAACCAGCCCAACCAGCUGGGGAGUCCCAUGUGGCCUGGGGGUGCUGCGCGCCGCAAAGGGCGCCCACCGAAGGAGGUGUGAGCGUUGAUUAGUGCUAAAUCAGAACAAACUGCCAUCAAUUCUAGUGUUUGCAUUUAGCCUUCCAUAUCUCCCAUAUCUCAAGAUUUCAUUAGUUUCAUAAAAUGUAACUAUGAUGUUCACAGCCUCGAGAAAAAUAAAUGGAAGUUGGUUCUUUGAGUAAACCAUUACUACCCAAAUGAAACUUUGACAUCUCUCUCUCUCUCUCACUCACUCACUCACUCACACACACACACAGUUACAUGGGCGACUCCCACAGCCUUUGACCAUGUAAAUUCAACACCAAACCUAUUGAUCCAUCACAAAUAGACCCUAUGAUUGUAAAGAUUAUGUAUGGUUCCUAUAGCUCUGGCAAGGGGCCUGUUCUUAGACAUUUUACAGCAUGAAUAACCGAAUGAUACGAUGUUUAUUAUAUAAUGUAUGGCUCUGGCAUGGCUCCCGCCACUGUGAAUGAAUAAGCCUUUUUGCCAAUUAACACUCCCCUCCCCCACCCCUUUUAUGUCUAGUUAUCAGAAAAACUGCAAGAUACAGAAAAUGAAGCUAUGGCUAAGAUUGUGGAACUGGAAAAACAACUCAUGCAGAGGAACAAAGAACUGGAUGUUGUUCGAGUAAGUGUACCGAGUGCGGAUUGUGCUGCUUAGGGUGCUCACUGGAUGGUCAGCCAAGUUGCUCACAAGUAUAAAACAUGGAAUCUGCUAGAUUCACUGUUGCCCCCGCAAUUGGCUACAGUUCAGUUUACUUGCAGUCUGCAGAAAUGAUUUAAUCCUAAAGUUUGUGGGCAUGUUGGAUCAAUGAAGGUUUAUAACACUUGGGUUCCUUUCUGUGAGUCUCUUAGCCAUGGAAUGGGAGGACAGGAAACCAGCCGAUAUUCUGUCACUAGUAUCUUCCACCAGAAGUCAGGCAAUCUAACCCAAAACACAAUAGGAUCUUAUUGGCUUAAUGGAUUGGGUGUGCCAAUAGUACAUAUCAUAGAGUCUUCAUUACCCUAGGAAAUAAUUUAAACCUUUCUGAUAUUGCCAGUUUGUGGCCAUGAUUGAGGUUCCUUAUCCAACUUAUUAAAGGAAAACGCAGUUUGGAUGAAGAUAAAGUGAGAAGUGCAUUUGCCGCAACCAUCAAACAUUGCCUUACAAUGACUCAGCUGGGAAUCCCAUGUUAUGUUGUUCCUUCAGUUUUGAGAUGAUUCUGCAUAUCAAACACAUGUCGAUUCUUUACCCGUGGGCUCUUUUUGCAGGAAAUAUACAAGGAUGCAAACACACAGGUUCACACCCUGAGGAAAAUGGUCAAAGAAAAAGAAGAAGCUAUUCAACGACAGUCAACGCUGGAGAAGAAGAUCCAUGAACUGGAGAAGCAAGGGUCCAUUAAAAUUCAGAAGAAAGGAGAUGGUGAUAUCAACAUUCUUCCUGUUGGGGUGGCUUCUGGGACAUUGCCCUCAGGGGCAGAAGCUGCCACGGGCACUUGUGGAGGAUCAGCUUCCGGCUCUGCACCUUCGGUUCUCUUGCCCCCUCCACCACCACCCUUGCCAUUGUCAGAAUCAGAAUCGGAAGCAGGUGAGAAAUGUUGCAGAAGAAAUGAGAUUUGCUCAACUUAAGGUAGUGGGGGUUAGCCUAUCCCCCUCAAUACAUCUGGCCAUACUUUGUGAUGACCACACAUGAAAGAGGCUGGGACCCAAUCCAGAGAAAGAUGGAUGCGGUGAAUCAAGUGGUGCUUAAGUGUUCACUGGCUAUCUAGGCAUCUUACCUUAAAAAUAUUUACUUAGAAAUUAAUUCCCUCGAAAUCAAUAUGGUCUACUCCCAAAUAAAUAACUUUAUGAUUAGACUGUUGUCGAAGUGUGCCAAACUGGCUCUGGAUUACACCCUAUGUCUUCAUCAUCAUGACAAGUUAGUGAACUUAAUAAUAAUAAAAAGCAGUGACAGUAAUUGUUAUUACUAUAAGUAGUUAUUACUACUACUGCUACUACUACUAGUAGUAGUAUUAGGUAUAUGACACAAUGCAGAGUAACAUAAGCAUGAAAAGGGAAUGAUUCCUCUACCCUGAGGAGUUUAUCUAAUCCUAUUCUCUUCCUCUUCACUUUUGCUGAACGCCAUCUUGUGUUUGAGGUCCAUUCUACACAUUGCAUGAUUUGCAAGGGUUUGCAAAAUAACAUCUAUUUGGCAGCUUCUCUACUCUGCAGGCACAAUGUAUAGCAAAGUUCACCAUGUGGAUUGCCUAUAGUUGAGAGAACUCCCUCGGGGUGUGGGAGGGAGGCGGACAUAGUUUGGUUGAAUACUUUAAAAUGCUGUUUUGUCUUUUUCAUUUCUCAGUUCAAAAUGGUCCUGUGACACCGCCAAUGCCUCCUCCCCCUCCCCCUCCUCCUCCCCCUCCUCCCCCACCACCUCUUCCUGGCCCAGCUGCAGAACCAGGACUGGCCCCUCCGGUUCCACCCCCACCCCCACCAUCAGCACCUCCUCUUCCGGGAACAGCCUCCCCUACAGUCGUUUUCAACUCAGGAUUAGCAGGUAAGAAGCAGCCAGUGUUGCUGGAGUGCUAUGGAAAUCCUAUACACAAUACAAAAAAUGUCCUUAGUCAAAGAGGAAUGAGUCAGAAUGGAUGUUAUGAAAAAGUGCUCCAAAGUCUUCAUUGCUUAAUGAAUCAAGGUGUCCCACUGCUGCAAAACCUUAGCUGCAGCAGUGAAUUAAAAGCAAAAUAACUUUCUAAAGAAAUGACAAGAGGUAAGGUGAUGGCCUAUUCUCAGUGGAGGUUUGUGGAGAGGCAAAUUUUUUCAAACUAAAAAUUGUGUGUUGUUUUGCUGCAUCUUCUCAAAGGAGAGAUGGUGAGCACCUGAUGGAGCCAAUACAAAGGUUGAACACUUAAGAGAUUCCCACCCCUCCCUCACCAUUCUGCAGAUUAUGAGUAGCUAGCAGAAAAACGCUUUGAUUUUAUGAAACGGAGGCUUUAUACAGUUGCUACAAUCCCUUCAUGUUAUCUCACUGGUGGUGGAAAAGUGUUAGAUGCCUCGCCUCAAACACUGAAUCCAAAUCUCCAAAUUUGGGGUUCUUGCGGGCAGCAGCCUGUUCUGGGGGCUGGGGGGGGAUUUUUUUUUUUAUUCAUUUCCCCCCCAAAAAACGAGGUGCGUCCUAUGGGCCGGUGUGCCCUAUAGGGUGAAAAAUACGGUAUAUGUUUAAAAGCAGGUGGCUGGUUCUUUAUUUUAAACCUUCUCUGAUAUCCCUUAAAAACAGGCAGAAUUUGGAUGCCUCUGUGCCACUGAGAAAUUUAUUUGGAAUAACAGUAGCUUGAAGUAGCCAAGGCUAAAGCACUCAAGUGAAUGUGUGUUCCCCCCGCCCCACCUUCCUCUUCCUGCAUUGAGUCCAACAUCAACAGUUGCUCAUCCUCUGAUAGUAGAGGUGAACUUGGAAGAUGAGAGAUUCAAUUUCUUGUUCUUCAGGGGCAUUGCACUGGCUGUGUAGCUCCAGCCUAUUCUCUCUCCCCCCCCCCUUCAGUUUACAACCCUUGGCUUGGUUUUGUCAUUAGUCACAAUCCUCUUUGCAAAUCUGAUGUUCAUUCAGCCUGCUAAUACUCUAUCUGUUGCCUCACUGCAAUUAAUACAGUUUCUGUUGACUUGAGCACAAUUUGGAAGAAUAAAAAAAAUCAUGAAUCAGGCCGGCCCAUUAACAUCCCUGGACAAAACUUCAUUAAUGAAGAAAGACCCUCAACACCACAGUUCUGGGUUUGGUCCUGAGGCUGAAUCUAGAGUCAUUUUUGAUGUCUUAUUGAAAAUGACAGCCACUGGGAACUGAAAUUAAUUCAGAAUAGCUGGGUUUUGAUCUCCUGCCUGUAUAUGAAGGAAAUAUGUUGCAGGGGGAAUCUAACAAAAGAAAAUAAAAAACAGCCUGGCUGGAUCAUGCCAAUGGCCCAUCUAGUCCAGCAUCCUGUUCUCACAGUGGCCAACCGGAUGCCUGUUCAGUGGCGUAGCGUGGGUUGUCAGCACCCGGGGCAAGGCAAGUAAUUUGCGCCCCCUAACCCGUGGAUUUGCGCCCCCUAACCCCCAGAUGUUGCGCCCGGUGCGGCCGGGCCCCCCUGCACCCCCCACGCUACGCCACUGUGCCUGUUUAAGCACACAAACAGGACCUGAAUGCCACAGAACUCUCUCCUGUGGUUUCCAGCAACUGGUAUUCAGAAGCAUACUGCCUCCCACAGUGGAGAUAGAACAUAGUCCAUCAGGAUUAGUAGCCACUGACAGCCUUAGCCUCCCUGAAUUUCUCUAAACCUAUUUUAAAGGCAUCCAAGUUGGUGGCCAUCUCUGCUCCUUUUGGAAAACAUAUUGGUGCUUCAGGAAACGAAUGCUCCAUAUACAGUGGUACCUCGGGUUAAGGACUUAAUUUGUUCCGGAGGUCCAUUCUUAACCUGAAACUGUUCUUAACCUGAAGCACCACUUUAGCUAGUGGGGCCUCCUGCUUCUGCCACGCCACCGCCGCACGAUUUCUGUUCUCAUCCUGAAGCAAAGUUCUUAACCCGAGGUAAUAUUUCUGGGUUAGCAGAGUCUGUAACCUGAAGCGUAUGUAACCUGAGGUACCACUGUAUUGGGCUUCAGUAGUUUAUUUGUUGGUAAACUAAUUCUAGGUUAUUGGUCUUUAUGGCGUUGUUUGCAAUCUUCCCAUAUAAAUAAGUCGGGAAAAGUGUAGCUUCCAAAUAAUACUGUUUACUGCAGAAUUAAUAUGGUACUGGACCAUCCAAUAAUGGAUGCUUCCUUUUGUUUGAUACUUAAAUGAAAUCCAUAGAAGGCUUUUGGUGGGCACAUGCCUCAUCCAUUGCUGUUCUGCUACACUAAGAUAACCUCAAGUAGGAAAAUGCAAUUUACCUUAAUGGGUGAUGAUAGGUAAAUACCUAUUACCAUGGGUAGGAUGCCCGGUCCAUAAACUCUAUACGCCUAAGUGCAAUUGAUUAUUUCUAUGUAGAAAAAUGAUAAUGUGUGAAGUGGUAUUCAGGAGCCCUGAUUUGUGAUAAUAGAUUGUUCUAUUCAAUGACCUACGUAACAAUAGCUAACCUUUUUCUUAUUUAUUCCCUCUGCUUCCUUGUAAGAUGGGCCAAUCAAGCUUUUCUGUAGGUUCCUUUUUGCUGAGUAUUUUAAGUACAUUUUAAUCCCAUUUUCUGCUGUCUUCUUUUCCUGUCUUGUUAACCAAAUCCAUUUGUGUAUCACUUUAAAAACUAGCUUGCUGUGUUUUUGCAUUCUCCGAAAGCGUGGGAUGUUUGUUUGACUUGUUGUGGUGCAAAAGCUCUGUUUAGGAGAACAGGGGUUUCCUAACAACUCUCCACACCCUUAACAAGCUAUACUUCUUAAGAUUGAUUGGGGGAAGCCAUGACUGUUUAAAGCCGUGUCAUUGCUGUUUUCUAUGUGUGGUGCGUAUGUGGCCUUGGUUUUUCCAUAAAAUAGAAACUCUAAGGGUAUUCUAAGGCAUAUCAUUGCAUGCAGCAUUGCAUCUUAUGUUAGAGACUCAUCAAGAUCAAUCACUUGGCUACCUUCAAACAGAAAUAUUCUUAAUAUACCUUCCCUUCGUGAUGUCACCACACAUCCAAACAAGUGCAUCUUUUAAGCAAAUGAGAAGUAGCUUCAGACCUUUGAGUGGAUAGUGACAUCAUCACAUAAUAUCGGGCUCACUGCCUAUCAAAUUGUAAUUCGCAGCUCCAGUUUUGACAGCUGACAAAAGAUGUGUGGAAAUUUGCUUAAAAUUAGUGGAUGAAUUUGUGGAAUCUAUUACAAAUGUAUCCCCAGUCUGAAACUUUGCACAAGGGUUUUGGUGCAUUAUAGGGGAAAGGGGGGAAAGGAUAGAUAACAAGAUAUUUGGGGUGUACACAUUCCCAGCCACCAUACGUGAACAAUAGUGUCCUUUGGGAAUGUGAGUUUGCCCAUGGUAAAAUUCACUAGGUAUGCUUUGCUUGAUGGUGGACAUAACAAUUGCAUGUUUCCAACUUCACUUUCCUGGCUAAGUAGCUUCUUCAAAACUGGAGGAGUAAGAAGCAGGGGUUUCUUGACUGUGUGAAGCUUGCAAAAAUGUUAACAAUUCACUAAUUUAGUUUUAAAUUCAUGCUGUCAAAUUGAUAAACUGCUUGUCCGACUAAAUAAUAAUACACAUUGUGGCAAAAUAAGCGAGGAUUUUCUCGGGCAAUACUUGAUACUACCAUUGUAGUGCAGGAUUUUAUCUACUGUUGCAAAACACUGUGCAUUGGAAUCUGCACUGUGUGUGUGUCCAGUUUCAAACUGGAGUUGGUCCUUAAUGACAUGAAGGUGAGGAAGGAGCUGGUUGAGUUGAUUAAUUAACCAAAUUGCUUAAAGCUUCAGAACCAAUUUAAAACUUCUGCCGUAAUUGAUGUUUUCAGUGGCAAAUGUUCUCUAGAAUGUCAUUUCCUGAAUUUUAUGUGCGUGUCCCCUGAACUUCAUGAAGAUUAAUGCUUACAGUGAAUGUGUUACUAAUUGCUGGAUAUUUCCAGCGAUGGACAUUUAAUCAGUUCCCUUGGCUCUUAGGGUUAGGAAGUUUCUCCACCCCUUAGUAAUUAACCUAAAUUUUCCUGCUUCAGCUUAUUAUUCUUUGUCCACCAGUUAAUGGGGAAGGCAUGUCUUCAGAGCUGCUUUGGAAAAUGUAGUAGACAAUCACAACGAGAGAUGGUCAAAGUAACAAAUAAUCCAAGAAAUGAUUGUGCCGAGACUGGAGAGUAUUCUUUUACUGUUUAAAAUACAGACUCUGGAUUCUUUAAAUCUGCAGCAUAAUUUCCCUGGUGGCUGCUGUCAAUUCCAAUUGUUUAUAUUCAGCUUAGAGCUUCUCUUCUUGCAUUUCCAAAACACCACUUGCUUGUUUAGGAUUGAGGGCUCAUCUACUCUUGCCGUUUGCCCUGCACGUUCUAGGCACAGGUCUGCAUUUUCCCCGUCUGUGACUGAGUGCUUCCCCCCACCCUUGCUGCUUUCCUCAGGAAAACCCCAUCUUUACUGCUGAAUUGGAGUAAGCGGCCAUUAGGGUUUUCCACGAAGUUGUUGUCAGUGGUAAAGAAUGGGGUUUUGUGGAGGAAGGAAGGAAGGAAGGUAGGAAGGAAGGGGGAAAACACUCAGACACAGACUUGGAAAGAUUGGACCUGUUGCUAGAAAUGUGGAGCGAAGGGAAGUGCGGAUGAGCCCUGAGUGAGGUUUUCAGCAUGGUUAUGGACUUCAAACUGGUAGUCCCAGUGAAUCAGUGACACAUGAUGCAAAUGUAACAUGCAAUAACUUGGACACUUUAUUGAUUGAUUGUCCAAAUGGCCCCAGGGUGUGUUACAAAAAAUAGUAUAAUUAAAAGCAAAUGCAAACUUUAAAAACCUAGAAUAAAACCCAAAGCAACCAAUGGCAAAACAGCAAUCCACAGCGAUACUGAUCCACUCAGAAAAAAGGCCUUUGUGAAGAGGUGCAUCUUGACCAAUCACUGAAAGGCUUGCAGUAAUGACACAAGAUGUGCCUCAGAGUGGAGUUAAUUCCACAACCUGGGGGCCAACACAGGGAAGGCCCUUUCAUGAGCCACUGCCACAAAGAAUCAUAUAAUCGUAGAGUUGGAAGGGACCCUGUGGAUCAUCCAGUUCAACCCCCUGCAAUGCGUGCCACUCCCCCCCCCGGACCCUGCUUAGCUUUGCAAAUGUGCUAGCAGUUUUAUUGCUGCAUGAGCCACAGAAGGAGGCAGCACUGCCAACAAGGCCUCCCCUGCUAACACCUGGGCAAGUUGAUGUGGGAGGAGAAGCUCCUUUAGCUGUCGUGACACUGAUCAUGCUAAAUAAAGGUACAGAUCACACAUUUGCAAUCCUAAUUAACAGAUGCAUGUUUGUGUGUCCUCGCUUGCUUUUAAAAUCUGGAAGGUGUUGUAGGUGCAACAUAUCACAAUAUUUUCCUGCUGGGAAUUGGCAGUCUCCCGGCUCAUGUCCAUCACUCCAUAAAUGUGGCUGACACCUGACUUUCACACCUUCUAGAUGCUUUGCAAUAAACCUCAUCCCUAUCAGUUAAUUCUUGUGUGGGCAUUUGGGCACCACCUUUCAUGAGAGAAAAAUACCAUAUACUCACACUUAGUUUCUUUAAUGGAAAUGCUGAAUCAGAGAAGCCAUUGAGCAAUCGCUCCAACUUCAAGUAAGACAGAAAAUGAGCUGCUCACUACAGGAAGGGGCGGAGCUCACAUCUGGAAAAUGAUGAGGUUUUCUGCCUCUUAAAUGGAGUGAGGCUAGACAGCACUCACCGGUUGGUACCUUAGUGCCCCCGCAGAAACAGCCUUCGGUUGAGUACCACUGGUGCCUUUUACACAUUUAAUGGAGACUGGAAACUUGAGUCAUGUUUCUAUGAUUUUUAGGUAAAUGUAUGGUUAUUCUUCCUUUAAUAGGCAACUCCACAUGAUUUCAUCCAAUAAUCAGGCAAUGUUCGUGUGUUGGGUUAAUUUUAGUGCGGUCAGAAGAAUAAUAGUAGACCAUCACAGGACGUAGCUAAAAUCACAUGGGUAAAUAGAGUACAAUUUUAUAGACUUCCUGCAGUGAUUGAAUCGUGUGUUCUCAUCAAAUAUAGGGAAAAUAGGCACAAUUGUACCAAAACAUGCUUGUUCUUGUCAAACCUUUGUAUGAAUGAUAGGCAAACUUCCUGAAUUAGAGAGAGAAAUUGUCUCUUCUCUUCAAGCUUUCUAGCCAGCUCAAAUUUCCCCCAACACUUUACAAUAUUUGUUUACUUCUUGUCAGGCCUCCUCCAGUGUUGAAGUGCCAUCCCCAUAAGUACUUCUGGAUUGCUCAAGAGGCUUGUUGCCUUUUUCUGAAAUGUGUAAUUGUACUCUCUGCUUUGUUUAAAGCUGUGAAAAUCAAGAAGCCAAUUAAGACAAAGUUCCGCAUGCCAGUUUUUAACUGGGUGGCUCUGAAACCCAAUCAGAUUAACGGGACAGUCUUCAAUGAAAUUGAUGACGAAAGGAUAUUGGAGGUAUGAAACCUGCAGAUUGUGAUUUGGUGUGUUUCUCUCUCUCUCUCUCUCUCUCUCUCUCUCUCUCUCUCUGUGUGUGUGUGUGUGUGUGUGUGUCUGUCUGUCUGUGUUUUGGAAGUUACUGUAUCCUGUUAAAAUGCAGUCAUUUUGACCUUGCAUCAUACGUACUUAAAGAGUUUUAAACACUCCAUAGACCUCAGUAAUCACUCUGUUUGAUGGUCUUGUUGACAUUAAGGUAACUAGAGUCCUAUUCUGCUGUGCUACGUGCAGUAUUUUUGCUAAUCUUGCAAUGGACCAAGAAACUUCACAGAGCAUCAAAGCCUUCUCCUCGUCACACAGUCACCUCUCCCUUUCCCAAUGCCCUACAGCUUCUACACUUUUCAUUAAUUGUAUUCCCCCCCCCCAUUAGACAUAGAUUUCUAGACUCCUUCUUGUUUCUGUUUGGUUUCUGUCCUAGGAUUUAAAUGUGGAUGAAUUUGAAGAAAUAUUCAAGACAAAAGCCCAAGGCCCGGCCAUUGAUCUUUCUUCAAGCAAGCAAAUAACUCAAAAGGGAUCAAACAAAGUCACGCUAUUGGAAGCAAACAGGGCUAAAAAUCUUGCGAUCACCUUAAGGAAAGCUGGAAAGACUGCAGAUGAGAUAUGCAAAGCUAUUCAGGCGUAAGUGUAAAGGCCGUUUUACAAAGGUGGUUUGAGGCACGUUGUAUUAAUUGGUCAGCAGUCUUUCUGCAAGUUGCUUAGAUCCAAGGAAGAUCCUCAUAUGCCCGUAAUGCUCAUAUAUGCAGUUGAUCACCAUAAAGCUGUUAAACUGUGCACACUUUUCUGGAGUAAGCCCAUUUAAUUUUGCUUACUCUGCAUAUAUCACAGUAACAUGGGGCAGGAUUCACCUAAUGAAUCCGGUCAGUGAAAGCCCUGAACAAAGACUUCUACUUGUGCAAUGGGACUUUCCCUCCCUCUAUUACACCUCCCCUCCCAAACUGGUCUUGGGGGUUUGGGAGAACCCCCAGAACAAUGUGCAGAGGGGGGGGGGUGUUGUUUCAUCUGGCAAGCUGAAACGCUUGCUGUGAUGGAAGAAACUGCCUUUACGCAAUGUUGAAUUCCUUCCAUUAUGAGAACUGUAAAAACCAACUGGUGGUUUUCUGAAGAAUGUUGUUCGUAUUUUUCAUCUAUAAUUCUUGUCAUGCAAGGCUUUCAUUUCUAGCAGCAAUUUAAACACUAUUGUGAGAUAAAUAUGGUAGCUAUUAAAGGAAUGGGAAAGGGCUAGGUUACCCCCCCUCCCCUUCACAGUGUUUGAAUUGAGUCCAAGUGUCUUGAAUGAAAUGCAGAUUGGUGUUGUGGUGUUUAGGCUGCGUCUGCAAAUACUCAACUGGCAAUAAUAAAAUGAUCCAGUAAAACACUUUUAAAGUACCUGAAAGUCAUAAUGCUAAAAACAUUUCAGUGCAAUGGUCAUGCUGACAGCCAUUCGUUUUUAAAGUCUUGCAGAAGCUGUCUUGCAGGAAUGUGCUUUGCAUUUCUUUCAGAAGAGUGGAGUGCAGACUGAUUUCCUGCAGUAAACCGUUCUCUGUGUUUGAGGUUACCACAGUGAAGGCGCUCCUUUCCCCUAUAUCCUCCCUCUUCCAUUAAUGUACAAAUUCUCAGCUGAGCUUGCUGGGAGAUGCUACGGGGCCCUGGGAGCACUUCCUACAGGAGGAAGCACACACCCAAAUUAAGGAGCAUGAAAGGUCAAAACCAACAUUUUGAGAUUCAGUGCAAAUGGAACCUGUGUGUAGACUACAAAUCUCAAUUAAAGGAAUUUGCCUUUUUUCUGCUCCUAUUUGCAUAAAGUUCAUUAUGCUUGUUGCAAUUGUGUUCUUUUAGCAGCUUUAAAAAUACAAUUACUUGGUCUUCAGAUGCUUCCCAGAGCAAUAUAUAAAAAGCAGCCAAGAGAGUUCUCAGUGCAGUCCUAACCACCUAUAUUCAGAAUUGAAAAACCCCAAGUGGCGCUUCACACUUAAUAUGGUAAUUGUUUGCUGCGAUUGUACCUGGCUUACAGUGGUGUUUCCUACAGCAAAUACAUAAAAUGCCAGUAACUUGUGCAUGUCUUUCACUUACAGAUACCCAUAUUCAAGUACUUAGGGACACACAUCUAUUCACACUUUGCAUAUUGACUGCCAAAAUUGCCAGUGUGAAAUAAGUGCGCCCACAGCUAACAUGAUUAUUGCAUUAAGUUUGCCUUAUUUGUGGGACGCGGGUGGCGCUCUGGGUUAAACCACAGAGCCUAGGAUUUGCUGAUCAGAAGGUUGGCGGUUCGAAUCCCCGCAGCGGGGUGAGCUCCCGUUGCUCGGUCCCUACUCCUGCCAACCUAGCAGUUCGAAAGCACGUCAAUGUGCAAGUAGAUAAAUAAGGACCGCUCUGGCAGGAAGGUAAACGGCAUUUCCGUGCGCUGCUCUGGUUCGCCAGAAGUGGCUUAGUCAUGCUGGCCACAUGACCCGGAAGCUGUACACCGGCUCCCUCGGCCUAUAGAGCGAGAUGAGCGUGCAACCCCAGAGUCGGUCACGACUGGACCUAAUGGUCAGGGGUCCCUUUACCUUUACCUAUGCCUUGUCUGUAGAAUUGAUUAGUAGCUUUAAUAAGAUGCAUUGAUAGAGGAACUCAGUGAAAACAGAGCUCUCUGCCUCUUCCUUCCCUGUAAACAUCUCUUCUUUUAAAUAUAUUUAUAUAUUUUUGCAUUUGGCCAGGUUCGAUUUGAAGACUCUACCAGUGGAUUUUGUUGAAUGCCUGAUGAGAUUUUUGCCCACGGAAAAUGAAGUGAAAAUGUUGCGGCUUUAUGAGCGGGAGAGGAAGCCCCUUGAGAACCUCUCAGACGAGGAUCGUUUCAUGAUGCAGUUCAGCAAGAUUGAGAGGCUGAUGCAGAAGAUGACCAUCAUGGCAUUCGUUGGCAAUUUUGCAGAAAGCAUCCAGAUGCUGACUCCAGUGAGUGAGAUGGGGAGAGUAGCUCCUUCUUGAAUGGAAUUCCAUGGUGUGGCUUAUGCAUGUGCUGCGCUCCUUUUGGAGCAGUUUGUUUGUUAGAGAUGGGCUGAAGUUAUCCCCUGCUUGAUCAUAGAAUUGUAGAGUUGGAAGGGAACCCAAGGGCCAUCUAGUCCAACCCCCUGCAGUGCAGGAAUAUUUGCUUAUCUUUGACACAUUACCUCUAGCAGCUGCCUGGAACUACAUGGUGAUAAGUUCGUUGUGCACCAUUGCUUGCUUGCCUCUUUCUGACCCCAUUGGGCCCUUCAUCCUAAAUUUUGUGAGCAAAGGUCUACUCAAGGCAUAAGGCCAUAUCUCCUCUCCCUUCAUGUUGCUGUACCCUUAAAAAAACCUGUCCCUGAGUUUUGGCACGUGCUCCAGAAUAGUAUGGGAUCUAGCAAAGGACCGUAGCAAGCCAGUGGGUAUCAACAAAAGUUGGGCACCCUCUCUUGUGUAUGCAGGAUUGCCUUUCUGGUUCAGAUCCAGUUGUAAAUAGUCAUUUGCCAUCCAUAUGAUUCUGACCCAAGCACUAUUUGGGCAUUCAAGCUCACACAGUGUGAGUGCACAGCACUUGGGGUCACAUGUGUUUCCCUCCCCAUGUCAUUGUGGCCCAUGCCAGCCCCUCCCCAAUAAGGUUUGCAUGUUUGAGAGGAUAUCAGCAGCCUACCAAACAUUUGUAGGCUCUCCUUGUGACCUGCAGUCCUGAGUGCUCAGGAUUGCAGUUCAUGAGGACAAUCUACAUGCAUUUGGAAGGUUGACCCUACAGGCAUCCUCCCAAAUAUCUCAAGCAUCAUUAGGGAGGGGCUGAUGUGAGGUGUCAUAGGAGCUGGGGUGAAGGACUGUGACUUGGCUCAUCCAGUUAGUAUUCUGUGAACCUUAAUAUCUGACUAAGGCUACACAUACACAAUCUGUCCGUCUUGUAGAAGCCAGUGGGUGUCCGUUUUUUGUUCACACUUGGCUUUUACAGAUGUUCACAUGAUUUCUUGUUUUUGCCUCUAGCAACUUCAUGCAAUAAUUGCAGCAUCUGUCUCAAUAAAGUCAUCUCAGAAACUCAAGAAAAUCCUGGAGGCAAGUGUUUAUUUUGUUUAUUCAAUGUUGUUGUUUUUUUUAAAAAAAUAUUGGUGGUAAAAACACACACCCUUAAACAAUGGUCUUUAGGGGGCUAUAUAUUUAAGUUAAAAUGACCCCUUUCCUUUUUAUUACAGAAUGUUAUGUGUUAUUAGUUGAUGCUUACAAUUUUUCCCACCCCUAUGAUUUCCAUAGAUAAUCUUGGCUCUGGGUAACUAUAUGAACAGCAGUAAACGAGGAGCUGUUUAUGGAUUUAAACUGCAGAGCUUAGAUCUGGUAAGUAAGGGGAAAUCUACCCCCAGUGGACUUGAAAGUAGCUUUGCUUGGAAGAUUGUUUGCACAUCCCCAUUUAUUUGCAUGACCUGUAUGAACAACAGUGGUUUAAGCAUCCUUUUAGUGAGUUGUCAAUGAGCUAGGGAAGGAAUGGAGCCAUUGGCUUAGAUUUCUAAUGUCAUAUUGUCAAGACAAAGGUAAAUUUCAGUUCCCCAUAACUUCAUUACCCUCCCCUGGUUUGUUUUCUCACCAUGAUUAAACUCUUCCUUACCACUAGCUGCAUCAGGUAGACCCCCUGUACAGAUUUGCAAUGGCAGAGAAGUCUGUUUAGCACUGCCCUGUCUUUUCUGCCAGUUCUUGUUAUGAGUCUCUCCACUUUCUGGAUAAUAGCAUUGGGCCAUUCAUAAAAGCAAUAUGCGAUGGACCCUGUUGCUAGGGGUGGGGAAUGAAUGCCUCUAAUGACCUGUAAUAAACAAUAAAUACCAAUGCUACAAAAAUACACCGGACAGAUUUAAUGAGAUGACAACCUUAAUUGCUUUAAUGGCCUAUAGUUUACCUGAUUCAGAUUAUUCUUUUACUUGUGGUUGUCUUCUGACAAUAUGAUGAAUUAUCAUGUUUAAGUAACAUAAAUAAAUACAAAACUAUGGGCAGCAAUUGCAGGGGUCCUAAAAUCCUUUACCUGUGGUCCUCCAAAUGUUAUUGGACCUCAGUUCCCAUCAACAUGGCGAAUGAUCAGGGAUGAUGAGAGUUCUGGUCAAACAUCAUCUCAAGAAUCACAUGUUCCCCUCCCCUGACCUGUAACAUUCAUACAGGGCUAUGAUAUCUUCAUUGCAUUGCACUUAUUUCAUUGUUUCGUGUGUCUUUUUCAGGGUGGCUAACCAGUGACCCUCCAGAUGUUGUGGACUCCAACUCCCAUCAGCCCCAGGGGUGGUGGGAUUGUAGCUCAGCCACAUCUGGAGAGUUAUAGUUUUUCCACCCUUGCUUAUAUAGGCAGAUCAUGGGUUGGCUGCUAAGGAAAGUUAACUCAAGGAUGUUGAAGCUGAAUCUAACAUACUUCUUUUGCCUCUUGUUUGCAGUUACUAGACACAAAAUCGACAGACAGGAAACAAACUCUAUUGCACUAUAUAUCAAAUGUUGUGAGAGAGAAAUAUCAGCAAGUAUCGCUUUUUUACAAUGAGCUUCACUAUGUGGAGAAAGCUGCUGCAGGUAACAUAGCCACACAUUCAUUUCCCAAGUACUUAAAAGCCGGUUCAGAUAUGUUCUGUGGAUACUGUAAUACUGUAAUGCACCCAUGUCCUAGGGAAAGCUACCUGUUUGGAAAAGAAGACCUUGCAGAAGACAGAUGGGCGUCUUAAAUGUUGUGAGCACAAUAGGAUACAGAAGCAUCAUAAUUUUCAAAUGCCUUCUUGGUUCUUCUAGCACACUGUUCCCUAAAGCUGACAGGAGCUUUUCCUCUUUUCAUUAAUUGGGCUUCCUUCAUUGCUCCCACACAGUUUGUGUAAAGUCCUUAACUUCAGGUGCAAGAGAUGCACAUCCUGUUGGAAGGCACGUCUUGUAAAUGUUGUGUGAACAUACCGAACAGAAAGGAUCCUUCCGACAGAAAUCUUUACAUGUAGAGAAAUCUUUACUUGGAAGGGGUAGGGAGGCCCUGCCCACCUGCCAAAAUGGCCCACGAGAGGUGGAGGAGGUCAGAUCCUAUUCUCCUCCUCUGUUCUGCAUGGUCAGGGUAGAAACUGUAUAGGAGGCAUCAGCCCUACUGGAGCAUGUGCAUCUAUAUUGUAAAGGUGGUUUAAAACAAUACCUUCCCUGAACUACUCACCUUCCUUUUUGUUUGAUGCAUCUGCCCCCAUCCCAUCUCAUUCCUAGCCUUUCUGUUUCGUUCCAGUUUUGUCUCUUGGAUGCAAAAUAUAAGCUCGCUGGCCUGCAAUUCUGUCUUGUGUGUGUGUGAGAGAGACCCUCCAUUGUUGGCUUCUCAAUUUUAAUAGUAGUAGCAGGAACAACAACACAUGUUAACAGAGAUUCCCCAAUUAAAACUAUCCAGGGUCUCAGACAGCUAUAUCUCCAGGCUUUGCUACAUGAGAUCUGUCUAACUGGAGAUGUUAGGGAUCAAUUAGGCAAUGCGUAGUAACGUUUUGAAUGUCUUUCCCCUUCCACCCUUUAGUAUCCCUUGAAAAUGUUCUGUUGGAUGUAAAGGAACUCCAAAGAGGUCUCGACCUAACGAAGCGCGAGUACACCAUGCACGAUCACAACACCAUGCUGAAGGAGUUUAUUCAGAACAAUGAAGGGAAACUGAAGAAGCUGCAGGAUGAUGCAAAAAUAGCUCAGGUAUUCUGCGUAUCCCAGCAGUUGUUCAGUGGUCUAGCUUUCAGGAACGGAGAACUUUUGUUACCUUUUUCAAGCUCAAAGAUGUUCCUUUUGGAGUAGGCAGGACAGGUAUUCACUGAUUCCUCUGUUCUAGUGUAGUGUUGUGUUGUAUAGAUAAAGGUAAAGGGACCCCUGACCAUUAGGUCCAGUUGUGACCGACUCUGGGGUUGUGGCGCUCAUCUCACUUUAUUGGCUGAGAGAGCCGGUGUACAGCUUCCGGGUCAUGUGGCCAGCAUGACUAAGCCACUUCUGGCGAACCAGAGCAGCGCACAGAAACUCCCUUUACCCUCCCGCUGGAGCGGUACCUAUCUACUUGCACUUUGACGUGCUUUCAAACUGCUAGGUUGGCAGGAGCAGGGACAGAGCAACGGGAGCUCACCCCAUCACGGGGAUUCGAACCGCGACCUUCUGAUCAGCAAGUCCUAGGCUCUGUGGUUUAACCCACAGCGAGUGUCCAAAUGAGUGAGCUCAGGCCAGUCAUUCCCCCUCAGGGGGAAUAGAAGGGGAACAAUGAAUGCUUCUCUGUGCUGCUUGAAGAAGGAAGGGUGGUUUAAAAAAACAAUAGAAUGUGUUUAUUCUUUUGCAGUAUUGAUGUGACAUCUGUCACUGAGAGUGACUUCACACCUUAUGCAAUAGCAUUUCAUUUAGUGGCAUGUGCAAUCAUGCACCCUUAAACCUCUCUCUCUCUCUCUCUCUCUCUCUCUCUCUCUCUCACACACACACACACACACACACACACACACACAGCUAUUUUCCAGGGGAAACACACAGAUACUUAAUGUUUAGUAGCUCCACUCAAGUUUCAUUACUUAUUUUCUUGGUUAAAAUAAUAAUGGUAGAAACAAGUUUCUUCCUUUUAUCUGCUCUGAAUCUGCAAAGGGCAAAAAUGGUUGAGUAAUCCCAGCACAAGAAGGCAAUUAACAGCAGUGCAUGGCAGAACUUCAAAAUGCAUAUUUUCAAACUGCAAGUUUAUACUUGGAACUGGGAUUUUUCUUGCUUCCUAAGGAAAGACCUGAAAUUGUGCACUUUGCAAAACAGGUUGCAGAGCAGGCCAGGUUGCACUGGUAAUAAAGGCUCCAAUACACCUACACUCUUGUCUCUGCUGCUUCCUUCCUGAUUGCUUGCCACCUGAUCAGCCUUCAGCUUGUGGGGGUGGUGGUGGUUUCCUUUUCGUGGGUUAAACACCAUCUUGCAUAGUUUGGGUUAUGCCUUGAGAUUUGUUGAAAUAUAUAUAUAUAUAUAUUAAAAAGUCUCUCUUUUACAGGAUGCCUUUGAUGAUGCUGUGAAGUAUUUUGGAGAGAAUCCCAAGACAACACCUCCAUCAGUCUUCUUCCCAGUCUUUGUUCGAUUUGUGAAAGCUUACAAGGUAAACAGAAGUUCAGUUCACUUCUGUUAUUCUUACAAAUGUGGCCACACUUUCUAACCAAAGGCUUCCUCUGUGGUUGUGUAGUUUCCUUAGCAAAUACACAGAUAGCUCAGUCGGUAGAGCAUGGGGCAGUUAAUCACAGGGUUGUGGGUUUGAGCCCCAUGUUGGGUGAAAGAUUCCUGCAUCGCAAGGGGUUUAUGAUCCUCGUGGUCCCUUCCAUAUGAUUUAUAUGAAAGAGCCUUAAGGUUCCAUCUUUGGGAAACGUGUCUCCGAACAAAGGCCAGAUUGAAACUUGCCCAGCCUCUUGGAGGCUGCAUUCCAACGAUGACUGGGGCAAAAUGAAACAAAAUCCAACAGGAGGAAAGAGAAGACAAACACAUGCCAGACAUCAAGAACACACAGCACUCCUGCUGUGUUACACACAUUCAGACAUGCAGAGGACAUGAAGGCAGGUAGACAUGUGGCUGGAAAAUCCGCCACUAGGUGACUUCAAAAGAGAGAGGGAUUAAGGCCGUCAGUCGCUCCUAGCCACGAUGGCUAUGCUCCCCUGUCGGAGGCAGUAUGCCUCUGAAAGACAGCUGUUGGGAAUCACAAGAGGACAAAUUCUUGAAGAAAUUCUUGGGAGAAUUUGCCGUAUCACACCACAACGGGAAGCGGCACAUCCAAGUUAAACUGGCUUUAAUGAAUUUGUAUUUUGCUGAGAGAGCUAAAAACGAACCCCAUUUUUUUGAAGUCGUUGCGAGCUCUAACCAGUGUGUGUAUUUCAUUUAAAAUUGUCGAUAGCAAGCGGAAGAGGAGAACGAGUUGAGGAAAAAGCAACAACAGGCAUUGAUGGAAAAACUUCUGGAGCAGGAGGCACUGAUGGAGCAGCAAGACCAAAAGGUAGCAAACAACCAAGCCAUUAAUUGCUUUUGGUUACGUGCAUUGAUAAAGUGGCACAUGUUGGUCCAGUGAAAGAGAUCGUCUUAUUGCAGAGCAGCCGAUGUGGUGCAGUACAGAUAUUAUUGAACUCCUGUGUUAGGGAUGAUGGGAGUUGUGGAAUACACAUCUGGAAAGCACCACCUUGGCUACUGCUGCCUUAUUGGCUGAGACUGCUUCUCUCAAGUCUUUGGGAUUGGCAAGGAACCAACAUUGCAAACACCUUUCUGUCAGGUGUUUUCUCUCAAAGAUAACUAUUGAAGCUCUCUUUCUCACAAAGACAUUUUAACAAGGCAGUCAUAUAAGAAACUUAAAAGGAAACUAGAGCGGUUUCAUGUGUAUGCCCUUUCCUGUUAUUCCCAAAUCUCCGAAAGGUGUUUAUUCUCCUAAAGCCAUUGAUACAAUGCUUGGAAUUUGCCCUGUUUGAAAGAUGCUUACUGAGAAGUAAUAAGCAUUUAUCUCGGCCAAGCAAUUCGAUAAUAGGAAGACAUUCAGCACAUAGUCACCCAUAAGUAUGCAGUGACCAAAUGUGAAGGAAGGCUAGUCGGAAGAGGCUCAAAGAAAACGGCCGUUUCUAGCAUUUUCCAGAGUUCUGCUUGUCGUAUAAGACCCUCUCUUCCACGAUACAAUACAAUUAGGAAUUCUCACUAAGCAAGUUCAGGCUACACAAAGUGACUUCUACAGAUAUUUGCACUUCUACAGAUAUUUGCACAAAGCACCCCCACCUGCUUUAAUGUCAGGAUUGUGUUCCCCACUUUUCCAGUGUCUUGGCCCUCAUGGCAGCUUUACAAUUGCCAUUGAUAUUGUGUAGAACAAUAAAAAAGAAAUAACAAAAACCAUCGGCACUACAAUGUGCAAAUCACAAAAAGUAGCUGAAAGUGUUAGGAUGUGACAAACAAGACAGACCGCACUUGACAUCUAAACAGUAAUAAUCAUGGUGCCAGAUGGGUAUGCCUGGGGAUGGCAGUCCAUAAUCAGGGAGCCACCACAGGAAAGGCCCUUAUUUUGAUUAACCUCAGAAGGCCAGGACCCCCCGAGACAGGCCUCAAACGUUGUUCUCUCAGCCGAGAGGUUGGUGUGGGAAAAGGUGGUCUUGUAGAUACUCUGAUCCCAAACUUUUCAAAGUUUCAUAGGUUAGAACCAUAACUUCCCUCCCCCCCCCCUAAAAGUGAACUGGGAGUUAGUGAAAGUGAGUGCAGGUGAAAUAUGUGUAGGGCUGGGGAAAGACCUAGUGGUUGACCUAGUGGUUCUAACUCUGUACGGGGCAGGUACCUAAGUUACACCUCAAAGAGAAGAGCAGGUGUUUUCAGCAUUUUGUUGGCCACUGCUUUUUACCGUCCUUUGCUCCCUUUCAGUCUCCGUCUCAUAAAACGAAGAGGCAGCAGCAAGAGCUGAUUGCAGAGCUAAGACGGCGACAAGUCAAGGACAAUAGACAUGUGUACGAGGGGAAGGAUGGAGCUAUUGAAGAUAUCAUCACAGGUAAAAUAAUAAUAAUAAGGAGGAGGAAGAGGCUGUUCCAAAGUGCCCCUUCAUAGCUUUCACUUUGCAAAGCUCUAACAGAGCUCUUUAAAGUUUUAUAAAUUGAUUUCAUUGACAGUAAUCACAUGUAUCAGUCAUUUAACAAAUGGUGCACAUUAUAUAGCGCUCAGGGUUUCAGGCCUCUUGUUUGGCAAGGCCUCGUUGACAUAACGUUUGUGUAUUAUUUAAUUUCUCCUUCACUUCAGCAUGCUCUCAUAACUCAAGCUGUAGACCACGUAGAGCCUUAUUAGACGUAUUUUUGCAACAGGUGCAUGCCUUGCAAACUUUUGAGUAUUUUUGAUCCACGUGCAAAGCCACUGGUGUUGAGCCUUGCUUUUAAAAGUUCUUGUUUUGUCCUUCAAGUCCUACUAAUGGUAAUUGCUCCAGCAUUAAAUACGUGAUGGAGGACAAAAUUGUGUGAUUUGGAUUUGUUGAACGAUUUUGAACUUCAGAGCUGCAUAUUCCUCUUGCAACAGACUAAUACUAGUCCUUUCCUGCAAACCAUAAUUGAACGCAAUAGGCUGACAAUGGCUGGGUCUAAUUUAUAGCAGCCGUGACAAGUACAGUGUGGGCAAACUAUUCCUGCAACAGACAGGUGAUUUGCUGAAAUCUGAUUUAGUGGCUUCUGUGACAAUCACAGAGUGGAUGAAAACAGCAGCAGCUAAUUGUUAAUAAUUUCUCCAUAAUCAUCAGUAAUAGGUCCCUGAGUAUGAGUAAUACCAAAUGCAAGCAACAAAUAUGUUGUUGUUUAGUCGUUUAGUCGUGUCCGACUCUUUGUGACCCCAUGGACCAGAGCACGCCAGGCAACAAAUAUGGUGGGUUUUAAAAACAUCCACGCACAGAGGCAUGGAUCCUAGCCAGCCAGGACUUCACUAGCAUCACAUGUCUCAUUUUCAGUGGUAAAUUUAUGGCUGAUCCCUGGCUGAGACUUUGCCUAGGGUUUACUUUGCCCACUCUGUUGUUGUGUGAUUUCAUUUCACUAAGUUCCAAGAGCAGUCCAUCAGAGUGCGAGAACAGCCAUGCAAAUAAAUGUUGUGCUGAGAUAAAAGUGUGCACUUCAUCAUGCCCUUGUUCAUACACCAAUUUUACCUUUAAAAAAAACACCCCAGUAACUGUUGUGAUUUGCAGAAAGAUAAUACUACUGGUAACCCAGCCAAACAAAUCCUAUUGUGGUUAAAUGACUGAAUAAGCCACCUCAGGGUGUCUUUAACAAAGCACUAACAAUGUACUAAUACAAUAGAUCUUUGCUUCUUACUGUAUAUUCUGUCUUGUCUGGCUGUUAUUUUCCAUGCAGUGCUGAAGACUGUGCCCUUUACUGCUCGAACGGCCAAGCGUGGCUCUCGUUUUUUCUGCGAACCUGUUCUCACAGAGGAAUUCCAUUAUUAAACUUUUCCUCUUUCACACCCGACGCUCUUUAAAAAAAAAAAAGGUUGCUGUAGGUUUUUGACGUUUCUCUGCAAUAUAGCUGUUUGAAUGGAUUAGUGAUGUUUGGCAUCUCGUCGGAGUCAUAUUUGACAUCGCUCAUCUCAUUGCAUGUUUUUGCCUGUCAGGAACCUUUUUUUGGUUCCCUUCCAUCCUCCCAGUGACCGUUUGUUCUACCUUCCGCAUUUCAGAGUCACCCUGUGGGCUCAGCGCCAUAGAGCAGCAAGUGAUGGAAGUCACAGAAAUGUCCUCGAGGCCCAUGGUGGCUGCGCUUCAAGCCAGCCACCACAAUUUGCAAGGGAUGGUUGUGGGUUGUAAUGACAAAUGUGAUGGGACAGUUCACUUGGCUUUUCUGUGUCUUCUCCUCUGGGCUCUCGCACCUCCUUUACUUCUUUGUGACUUGAUCUAUGUUGCAUGAGUCCUGUUAAGCCAAGCCUAUCUCUGGAAGCAAAUCUAGUAUACAUCAGUGAGCCAGGCUGAAUGUUUAUGGGCUUUGUUUUAUGGCAUGUAAAAUGAAGUCACUGCUUUGUGAUCUGUGAGCACAUAUUUCCACGUGGGUCCUUCUAACCAUCGCUUGCAUGUUUGUGUUUGCAUGUGUGAACAAGAAUAAAAUAAAUGUGGUCGUGGUCCCCACACUCACUCCCUUCGUUUUUCACACCCACAGUCGUUAGCUUCAGUUCCAUGGCAACUUAAUGGGAAAUCUCCUUUGAACCAAGUGGUAGCCUCACUUGAGAUAGAAUUCUGCCUUUGAUCAGUUCAGUCCUUUGUAAUAGUGGAGGCUGGGCAAAACCCAGGAUCCAGGCAGACCAUGGUUCUGAAAGCAGGCCUUGACUUCUGGGCCAAGCCAUAAGAAAUAAAUUUUAAAUAAUUCUCAUGCUAAGCUCAUCUAAGGCCAAGAAACAAAGAUUGAGGGGCUGUAUGAGGAAACUACCCAGGUGGCAGCAGAUAAGGCCUAGUGAAGCAAUAUGAUCAAAAUUGCCUUGCCAUAGAAGAUACCCCGUGUUAUUGUCAUGGAACUGGUUCCAUUAACAUCUUGCACUGUAGAAUGUUUUUUAAAAAGGAGUGCUGUUUACGCUGCAUGUGUCUGUCAAUGCUGUUGUCUUUGAUACAAGAACCAAUCAUCUUAAAGCAGCAUUUCAUUUCCUACUGGUGUAAUAUGUUUUAAUGGGGAGCUUUAAAAUAAGAAUGCUGCCUGUUAACUCCUCUUUUGCUCUUUCAAGUUAAUUGCUGGACAGUCAUCCUGGAGCCAAUGUUCAAAGCAGCUUGGAAUUUUAUUAGUAAGAGGCUUAUGAUGGCCACCUCUUCCCUUCCCUUUCUCUUUUUUAACCUUCUUUAAGCCUCCACCUCACCCACUUUUGCUUUACUUGCUAACAUGUGUGGCUUUUUACAUUUUUUUUAAAAAAUAAAAUAUAUAUAUUAUUAUUUUGCUUUUUGGGCACAGAAUUGAGUUGCUCUUCAUGUUCCAUCCCAUUUUUAACUUAACCAUCAUUCUGUGUUUUUUCCCCCUUCUGUUUAGCCUUAAAGAAGAAUAAUAUCACUAAAUUUCCAAAUGUUCACUCGAGGGUAAGGAUUUCUUCUAGCACACCGGUGGUGGAGGAUACACAGAGCUGGCAAGCAUCACUUUUUACUUAGCUUCCUCCUCUCUCUGUAUGCCAACACAAAAACUGCUGCAAAUCACAGCCAAGUUUAAGAUAAAGGAGGGAUGGCGCUGUAAGCGUUUAGCAGCGUUGCUGGUGCUUUUCGGUCUUUCUUCUUUCGUGUGUUUUUAUCUGUAGCGUGUGGGAUGGAUUAAUCUGCAGGUCUUGCCUGUGCUGGAUGACGUCACAUCACUUAGUGGCUACUCCCUUUCCAGACUCUUCCACAAGAUAGAUGUUGUUGCCUCUGUGUUGUACUGAUGAGUCUGUGUUCUGCAGAGCAGGGAGAGAGGGGAGGAAAGGGGCACAAAGUAGGAUUGCCAACUAUUUUACAGGCUCUGUGCUCCUUUUUUUAAAACAGCAGCCCAUCAAACAGCAAUAUAGCAUUUCCUGACAUAAGCAUACAGUGUACAAGGCUUUGCCCGUUCCUUUUCCAUAUGCCAGGUGGUUCCAAAAGGCAUUUUGCCAUACUAAAGAAAUGUGGGAACCUCUCAGAAAUGGGAGCUUAUGUACAAAGAUUUAUUUGUGUGCUCUGUCUACCCUGCAAGGACAGUGGAUUCAGGCACUAUUAGUGAAGCAAACCCUAGGAAAAGAGAAAAGGCUGUGUGUGGAUCUUAUGGCUGUUAGUUGCAUCUUAGCAAUCAACUAUUAUUCCCACAUCUACUAGCCGCCCCUGCCUCCCCAGUUGGGUCUUUGGGAGGCUCCUGUGAUUUACAGCCAGUUGCUUUAUCCAAAAGACCUCGGGGGCUGCUAGUGAAUCCUAUUCUUGUAGGCUGAGUAAGCGCUACAACUAAAUCUUCCCUGUGAGGGGGGACUGUCAUUCUCUUUGCUACUCUUUUAACAACGACACCUUUGUUUGCCUUUCUGCUUCAGUAGCAGUGCUUCCCAUAGCAAUGGCAGCCAUCCUUACAAUGUACGCUGCCACUGAGAGCAUGUGGCUGGCUUCUUAGAACUAUCAGUGCGGGCUCUGGGAGCAUCAGCUAUGUUGAGGGGCAAUUCCUCUGAAAGUGCCCGUUUCCUGUAUCCAUCUCAUUCUCCUGGAGCAGGAGUGUGCAUGGACCUUAGAAUAAAAUCUAAGAAAAAACAAUGGAGAAUAGUGUGUGUGUGUGUGUGUGUGUGUGUGUGUGGAUAGCACCUUCAUGCUGCUAUGUAUGGGAGUGUGUGUGCGUAGGGAGUUUAUAGGGAACCCUGUUGGUGGAAAGGGAAACAAAUUCAGGAUAGGUGUGUGCUUUUUGCUCCUGAUGCAGCACUGUCCCUAGUUUCAGCAAAUAUUAAUAAUAAUAAUAAUAAUAGUUUAUUAAUACCCCGACUAUCUGGCUGGGUUUCCCGAGCCACUCUGGGUGGCUUCCAACAGAAUAUUAAAAUACAAUAGUCUAUUGAAGCAAAUGGGACUGGCCAUGUGGCUGCUGCUCACAGCAGCAUUGUAGGGUAGGGUAAUGUUGUUGGGGCAGCAGCCACAAGCAGUCCUACCCAUGUCAUUCCCUUCUUUUAAGCAUAAUCAGGACCAUGCCACUGCUAGCAGUGUAGACCAACUGGCUCUUAAAAGUGCCAAUGUAAUACAGUAGUCAAAACUGCUGGCAUUGAGCAAGUACAUAUUGUGCAAAUUGUGAAUGGUUUGGUAGGUUGCUGCAGUCUGGAAAUGUAGCACAGCUGGGGAGGUGUGAUUUUAAAGGGCUAAGGGGCCUCCAGGGUAGAAGGGGGGUGGGGGUGGGAAAGAGGAGCAGUGCCUGCUUAUUGUUUUUGCUGCUGCUGUUUUAUUUAAAAAACCUGGAAGGCUUCAGAUUGGCUUGCUGGUCAUACCACUAGCAAACACAAUAGAUUUGCCUCCUGUGGGAAGCAGAAAUUGGUAGCAUGUGGGGCAAAGGAGUCGUUAGCUGGAUCUGCACUGAUCUAGAAAACAUUAUAAAAAUAUAGCUCUCAAUGCAAUUUCACAUGGGCAACACUACAGCGCCCUGUUGUCCCAUUUUUAUAACACAUUUUUCAUAUGAUAACUCACCAGUAUAGAAGAGUCUGAGGUCACAGUCUGAAGAGGUUCAGAGAAUGAAUGAAGCCUGGGUCUCAGGGAAAAUUAGUGGCAAGUGACAGCCAACCAGCAUUAGCAUCUAACCCUGCUGCCAUCCUGUCUUGUGUGUGUUUUUUUUUUAAUAAUAAUAAUCCAUACCCUCAUUUUCAUCCUCAUAAGAAAAUGCAGCUGAUGCAGAUUCAUGGUGGCCCCAUAGUUUGGUCCUUCAGUGGCAGAACCCUGGUGUGGAAGCAGCUCCCCACCUGAUUCUCUCUAUACAGAAGAAAUCUGAUGGAAGCUUUUGCUAUGCAAGGAAAUUGCGAGAUUGCUUCCGCAGCAGAACCCUUUUCAUACCUAGAUCCGUAACCCUGAAUAAUGCAGUAGGCAGAAGUUCCAUAUUAGUAAUAGUCAGUGAAGAGAGAGACCCAUCAGUGCUGUUCUGCUCGGCUCUCUUGGGAGCUUAAACAGUCUCCUUUUCUCUUUUGCUUCAAGCUGCUUUGAUUGGCUACCAGCAGGACUCUUUCCUUGUCUAGAUCCAGAGGCACAGGCUAGCCCGCUUCUGACACCUUCCUGCUUCUUCCCCGCAGAUCUUAGAAACCAGCCCUACAGACGAGCCGAUGCGGUGAGGAGAAGCGUGAGGCGGCGUUUUGAUGAUCAGAAUUUACGCACUCUCAACAGUGCUGAAAUAGCCAUGUGA